AUGGAGGCGGACGUACUGAACGCGCUCAACACGCAGACGGCGUACAUGCCGGGCGGUCGGGAUCGGGACGGACAUCCGCUCGUGGUCAUACCGGUCCCGUUCUACGACAAUCUGCCCUGGAUGAAGGGAUUCCUCGAGACGACGGUCAAGUACCUGUUGGCUAGCUUAAGUCCCGAAACGGUCAGCAGUGGACUCGCCGUCAUUCUCGAUGCGCAAAAGUGUUCGUGGCGCUCCACCCGCCAGUACAUACGGCACGUCCAGCAGCUGUUGAGCUGUGAGCAGAUGAACAGCUUUCUCGUGAUCCGGCCCGAUGCGUUCUGGGACAAGAAUCGGGUGGAGAACUGUGCCCGCCAGCAUCGCAAGGGUGAGCCAACCAUCAUCUCAAAGUCCCGGUUGGGCAAGUACUUUGACACGAGCGAGCUACCGGAGGAGCUUGGCGGCAUCAUCGCUUAUAAUCAUGAGCAGUGGAUACAAUCCCGCGAGCGCAUCGAAGAAUUUCGAAAAUCCUACGACAAAGCGAUGGGCGACCUAGAAAACCUGCACCUCAUCCUGCUGGACAACCGGACGGUGCGGGCCAGCGAGUCGACCGCGGCCCUCAAAUCUUGCCAGCAGCUGUACGGGGAUGUGCAAAAAUUUCUCUCCCUAGUGAUGGACGGCGGCAAAAAGCUGCUGGCCCACUUGACCGACCUGCACAGUGCCAAGUCGGCCGUACCGCAGGAUCUAACUGAUGGCAAGACGCAAGUCGAUCGGUUGCUGAACGCACUCGAUCGCAAGCAGACCGCCACCAACCAGGCCUGGACGGAGCUGGAACGCACGGUGGAGGUGCUGCAGGAGUUGGCCACCCUGGAGGAGGGCGUUUCGCACGUGACCAGCUGGAUACUGACGACGGCCGAAUCGAUGCUGAAUGCACAACUUCGGGUCGGACAUGAUGUCGGUACGGCUGAUCAGUUGCGGCUGGAGCACGAGAUUCUGGAGCUGCAGUGCUGGCAGACGUACGGGUGUUAUGCGGAACUGCUGCACAAAAUCGACCACUUUCCACGACGCAAGGAUACGCCGGCUUAUCGGGAUUUGCAGUCGCAGCGCGAGUGGAUGGACUUUGUGUGUCGCAGCUUCGCCCAGCGGCUGGAGCGUCGGCGGAAUGUGCUGAUCACGUCGGUGCGGUUCUUCCGCCUGGUGGCUGAGUACUUCGAUCGCACGAGCGAGGUGUUUCAGUCGCUGAUUAUGGGUGAGCGGGUGGAGGACUACGCACUGGCCAGUGCCAAUCUGCAGAAACUGAAUGAAAACCAACGAAUGCUUGAAAUGAUGGAGAAAGAGAUCAUCAAAGAGGGCGAAAAGCUGAGCGACGUGUUGCUCAUGCCGGUGAAGGAUGCGGUCGGGCGUGACAUCGACGUAGACUACAGCGAAGACAUUAGCAACGUGCGCGACAUUCUCGAUGCGACCCGGUCCCGGUCGCGCAUCUUCGCCGACAGUGUCGAGCUGCAGAAGCUGACGCUCGAUCAGAUCACGCACAUCUUCAAGUACGAGCAGGACGCCCGGACCGCGGUCAAGUGGAUGAGUGAUCUGCACCAGGUGAUGCUGCGUUCACACGCCCACGUCGGUGCAACGGUUCGGGAGAUCCAAUCGCAAAAGGAUGAACACCAGACACUGCAGGAGACGGCCAAGGGCACGUACAACUAUGGCUGCCAGCUGCUGAACGCGUCGCUCGCCCUGCGCCAGUCGUGCAAGCUCGAGACGGCCCAAAACAUUGCCAUGACCAAAGCGCUGCAGCGCACCUGGCGAUCCUUCCAGGCGGUGGCGCAGGAGCAGAUGACGCGACUGCGCGUCUCGGCCGUCUUUCACCGGAGCGUCGAGGAGCAGUGCGUGAAGCUGCGCGAGCUGCACGAGUGCGUGCUGCGGAUCGGGGAGAUCGCGGAGCAGGGCCGCCGACGGGUCCGGCUGCGCAAGUAUCUGGCGACGCGCGAGCGGCUGCUGCUCGAGGUGGGCCGCAUGGUGCGGCUCGGCCGGCUGCUCAAGACCCGGCUGAAGGAACCGUUUCUCCUGGACGACCGGCUCGAUGCGAUGGCCAGUCCGGAGAAUAUCAUUACCGAAAGUGAUAACAUAAUGGCGUGCGAAGCGAUCUCGACCCGGCUGGCGGAGGUGGCCCAGGUUGCGGAAGCCCUGGACAGUGUGCUGAGCGAUGUGCAGGGCGGCUUUGACGACGAGGUGGAGGAGCUGACCAGUGCCGAUGCUGGACAGGAAGUGGCCGCCGGCAAACGCAGUGACAGUGGAAAUCAAAGUGAUGACUGGAGCUCGAGUGUAAAGUCAACGGAUGAUGGAUCGUUUGUGACGGCUUCGGACUGCAUCUGUACGCCCCAGUCACGGUCCUCGUCGUACCAUACCGCCUCGGAGUGUCGUGCCUCGCCGUGGUGGGGCGUGGAGUCGAUCGAGCGGCAAAGUUCGCUCGAGAACGAUUCCGCCGAAGAUCCCGACCCGGAAGCGUUCCCCUCGAUCAAGCUGCUGUCGGGCGUGGUGAUGACUUCGAGUGCGAACCUUUCGUUCGACGAGUCGGAGCACAGCUUCCCAACUCCGGCCAUUUCGCACGGUUCGGCCAGCGUGGAUUCGGACGAUACCGUGCCGACGGUGUGCUCGCCUACGAGUGCGAUCGGGACGAGCUCCGCCUCCAGUUCCGCCCUGAACUCGAUCAAUCGGCGGGAAAAUUUGGCCCUCUCGCUGACGCCGGAAGAGCUGGAGCAGAUCGAGAACGACAUACGGAACAACAAUCUGCUCGCGUCGGUCGGCAGCGACGGCACGGUGGAGCUGGUGGGCAAGGUCCAGGAGCUCCAGAGCACGCAGGUGACGCCGACCAGCGAAGACAGCGGGAACAUCGGGGACGCAUACUUGCAGAAAACUUGCGCAGCGCAGUGCGUCGAGCGGACACUCGCCGAAUUUGCCGACCGCCAGUCGGCCGUCAGUAAUGAGUGGGAAAGCUGGAACAGUCGACGACGCACGGAGACAACACUGAAGCAAAUCAUGGCUGCCAACAUGGAGACAUUGGCCGUAGCAUCCAAGCUGGAGGAGCAGCUGUAUCCGCUCUUCAGCACCGCCCUGGACAAUCCAGCCGAUCUGAUCGAGUUUAUCGGCCGCAAACGUACCCAGCUGCAGCAGGAUGUGCAGGUCGCUGAAGCCGAUCUGACCCAGCGCUUCGACACGAUCGCACAGCUGGAGGCGGCCGGUGCCGACCCCGGCACGGAACAGGACAUGGUGGCGGUGAAGAACAACCUGAACUCGAUCAAGACCAAGCUCCACACGCUCGGGGCCGACUUUGGCGAGCUGUCGGACGCGACCGAACACUUCCUGCGCUCGAUCCUGCAGUGCCGGGACAGCAUCCGGGAGUACUUCGGCACCAAGCAAACCGUAACCGGUCCGGGCAGUGUGGAAGCGAUCGCGGAGGGCUACGAGCAGUUCAAGCAGGCCACGAUGGAGUACUUCCGCGGGUUGCUGCAGCAGAGCGAGCAGAUCAUCGAGCGGGUGAAGGCGCUGGAGCCGCCCGGAGCCCGCGAGCUCGACACGGACAAGAUCAUCACGCUGCUGGAGAACCUGCGGACGUACUUCGAGUCGCAGACCGAGUCGGAGAACUGUGAGCUGAAGAAGCAGCACAGUGUGCUGGCGUUCGACCGUGAGCUCGGAGAGGUGCGGGCUGCGAUUCGGGCGGAGGCUGAGCGGUUGGACCGGACCCGUGGACAGUACGGGGAGAGUGUGGCCGAGGCUCAGUCCGUCCGGGUCGCUUUCGAGGAGCGGGCAACAAUACUGCAGGAUCUUGAGCGCCGUAUCGAUGCAUUUAUUAGCUCUGGAACGGAGCUCGUACGCCAGUACCCCGAGACAAGCCCUUACAUCGAGUCGGAAACGCACAAGAUACGCAACGAGUGGACGGACUUGCUGCGCAAGCUCGAGGAGCACCGCCAGAUUCACACCAUUGCGAUCGAGUACUUCGAGCUGAUCACCAUUAUUGAGGAACAUUAUCGCACACUGAACGCAGAACUGAUCAACGCCAACAACAAGCUCACCAUACUGAACAACGCCGACGUGGCGAACGAUCUGGUCGCGCAGGUCGACAACACGAUCCGCACGCACGAGACGAGCCAGCUGGACGCGUUGAAGAAGAUCGCCAGCCUAUCGACCCAGCUGUACGGUUGCGACAAGACUGUCACCCUGUACACGGAAAACACGAAGCUCUUCCAAACGUUCUACAAAAUCAAGACGGAGGUGUACGAGCGCUCGAAGGAGCUCGGCGAGGAGCAGGCCCGUCGGGAAGAGCAGCAGCGACAGGAGCAGCUGCAGCGCGAACAGGAACAACAGCGACAGGAGCAGCUGAAGCGCGAACAAGAAGAACAGCAGCGACAGGAGCAGCUGAAGCGCGAACAGGAAGAACAGCAACGCUUGGCACAGCUACAGCGGGAACAGGAACAGGAGCAGCAACGUUUGGAGCAAAUGCAACGAGAACAGGAAGAGGAGCAGGAGCGAUUGGCACAGCUCCAACGAGAGCAGGAACAAGAACAGCAACGUUUGGAGCAACUCAAAAGAGAGCAGGAGGAAGAGCAGCUGCGACUGGAGCAGUUGAAACGCGAACAAGAGCAGGAGCAGCAGCGCCUGGAGCAGUUGAAGCAGGAACAGGAGCAAGAACAACUGCGUCUCGAGCAGUUGAAACGAGAACAAGAGCAGGAACAGCUUCGCAUGGAGCAGCUCCAGCGCGAGAAGGAGCUGGCAAUGCAACAGCAACAAGAAGCAACCAUUGUAGAGGAUGUCCAAAUCACCACCACAACGUCUCACGCUGGUUUGCCCCACCAGCAGCAAUCGUUUGACGUGCAGACGAUCGACGAGGAACAGUACCUGCAGGAGCCUCAAGUGCCUUUGGUCAUCCAAACGGUCGAGGAGCAAGUGCACGAGCAGAUCCACGAAGUCGUUACCACCACGUCGACACUGUCCACCGCCCAACCGGAAGCGAGUCUGCGUUUCAUGCAACCGCUGUCUGACGUGUGCGUCCAGGAGGGUCAGCGCGUCCGGCUGCAGUGUGUAGUGGCCGGCGUUCCCGACCCAAUGAUCGAGUGGUACAAGAACGGCAUCAGUGUGCAGGGCAAUCCGGACUAUCGCACCAGCUUCGAUCCGGCCAGUGGCGUGUGUACGCUCAUGAUCGACGAAACGGUCACCGCAGACAGUGCGGACAUUCUGUGCCGUGCCGCAAACGAGGCCGGAAUUGCCGACACCACGGCUCGACUGCUGGUGACGGAAGCGCCUCCACCACCGCCCAAACCGGCCGGAACGGCACCGACGUUCACGAUGCGCCUGCUCGACGGUGGCGUUGCCCAGGAGGGCCAACCGUUCCAGUACGAUUGUGUGGUAACAGGCCAGCCGACACCGACCGUGCACUGGUACAAGGGCGAGCAGUGCGUGGACGGUUCGCCCGACUAUCGGCAGUCGUACGAGCCGGCUUCGGGCGUUGCGUCCCUGCGCAUCGAGCAGGUCUAUCUCGAGGACCAGACGCACUACACCUGCCGGGCGGUGAACGAUUGCGGCUCGGACGAAACGAGUGCGUUCCUCACGGUCAAGCCGCUGGAGCCGACCGAGUUUCCCAACUUCCCGGAACCGCUGUCCAACGUGAUGGCCCGGGUCGGCCAGAAGAUACGGCUGGAGGCGAAAGUGAGCGGUACGCCGCAGCCGGAGCUUAUGUGGACGCACGACGGCAAGCACUUCACCAACCGCGAGGUUAAAUUCUACUACGAAAACGGCCGAGCGCAAUUGGUCAUAGACGAGGCAUUCCUGAAGGAUGCUGGUGUCUACACGCUGACCGCCAAGAAUAUCGCCGGUGAACAGUGCUGCUCGUGUAAUGUGGUGGUGAAGGGUCGGCUGCCGAACGAAACCAGCGACUCGGAACUAGCAAGCGAUAUGGAGCCAGUGAAGCCCGCGGUCCAGCUGCCGCUGCGCGAUGUGUCGGUGUUCGAGGGCAAACCGGUCCGGCUGGACUGUGUGAUUGUGGGCCAGCCGGAGCCCGAAGUGAUCUGGUAUCAUGGCGAGCGGCCCGUGAAGGAAUCGAACGACUUUCAGCUGCUCUUCCAGGGCGACCGCUGCUCGCUCGUGAUCCGCGAGGCGUUCCUCGAGGAUGCGGGCGAGUACCGGGUAGUGGCUAUUAAUAGCGCGGGCGAGGCGUCGAGCCAGUGUGCGGUGCUGGUGACACCGCUCAAUACGGCCGAGCCGGCGGUCCGGCAGCCGGUCGAGCGGGUGCUGCCGGCGGUCGGUGCUCCGCCGCGCUUCGAGCGUCUGCUCAGCGACAUUCUCGCGGACGAGGGCGAGCGGGUGCAGUUUGAGUGUGCGGUCAGUGGUGAUCCGCGCCCGUCGAUCCGCUGGUACGUGAACAACCGCGAGAUCCCGACCGAUGUGGCCGUGUCGCCGCGCGUGCACUGUGUCGUGCGGGACGAUGGCGUGGUGAAGCUGAUCAUUGAGCGCGCCCUGCCCGACGACAAGGGCGUGUACACGGUGAAGGCCGCCAACGCGUCCGGCGAGGCAAAGUGCUUCUCCAACCUGAUCGUGAAGACGAUCAAUGCGCCCGAGUUCGAGACGGUGCCGGCCUUCCUCACCGAGAGCCUGGUGUGCCCGACGUUCCGCGAGCUGUUUGCCGAUCGCGUGGUGCGCCAGCACGAGCCGUCAAAGUUCGAGUGCAUUGUGAUUGGCAAGCCGCAGCCGAAGAUACGCUGGUUCUUCAACGAUCAGCCCGUGCAGGGGCAUGACUUCUUGGUGUCGACCAGCGGCGAUCGACAGGUGCUGACCAUCCCCGAGGUACGCCCGGAGCUGACGGGCAAGAUCACGUGUUACGCCGAGAACGAGGCCGGCAAUGCGCAGUGCGUCGCGAUCGUGCAGCUGCUCGAGCAGCUCGGCUCGGUUGGACCGGCCCCGAUGGCCACCCUGCCGGCGGCUACAACCGAAUCCAUGCAGCAGAUCGAUACGACCGGUUCGUCCUGCGUGACGCUGCAGAAGCACGUCACGACCAGCUCGACGACGAGCUCCUCCUUCUCCUCCUCAUCGAUGGUCCAGCAGAACGGAGUCGCCCAGUCGCACGCGGAGGUGCACGCCGAGUCGGCGAAGCUGGACCGUUCCUUCCACCAGGUGGGCGAUCAGCCGGCGCAGGUUGCCGAAGCGGCCGAACAUCAGCGCUACGACAAGGUGAACGAUCUGCCCGCGACUGUCCAGCACGAGGCGUCUUCGUACGUCGGGGUGGCGCCGAGCCACGAGACGAUCAUUGCCAACUCGGGCCAGAUCAGCACGGGCAAGCCGGCGCGGCGCAACAUGGCGCCACGGUUUGUGACGCCGUUCAAUGGGAAGAUCGUCGACCAGGGCGCAGACGUUAUCAUCGAGGGAAUUGUGGACGGUUAUCCAACGCCGGAUGUGCGCGUCACGAAGAAUGACGUGGAGCUGCAGCCGGAUGGGGAGCGCGUCAAGGUGUCCUACUCGCUGAACAAGAUCGUGGUCGAGCUGAGGAAUGUGUCGCCGGCUGAUGCGGGCCGAUACACGGCAACGGCUUCGAAUGCGGCCGGUGCUUCGACCAGCACUGCCGAUUUGGUCGUUAAAAAGUCCAUCUUUCCGCCAGUGUUUGGCAGACGGCUGCAGGCCCAAACCGUGCGCAACGGCGACCGGGUCGUGCUGGACGUGGAAGUGUCCGGCACGCCCGAACCGUCCGUCGCCUGGUUCAAGGACGGGCGGCCGGUGCAGGAAGCGUUCGCUCCCGGCAGCUACGCCCUGCAGCAGGUCGGGCCCUGCUUCAAGCUGAUCUUCGAGCAGGUGUCGCUGAACGGUACGGGCACCUACAUGGUGAUGGCGACGAACGCGGGCGGCGAGGCGCAAAGCACGGCCGACAUUGCCGUGCUGCAGUGUGAAAGUGCGGCCCAGCCGGCGCCCCAGCCCGCGCCCCAGAAGCAUGUCUCGUUCGUGGACAUGGUACAGCAGCAGCAGCCCCGCUCGGAGGAGGCACUCGAGGGCGAGGGCGGUGGGUUCAGUGCCCGGCAGGAGUACGCGAGCGAGGCGAAGCUGCACGGGCCGACGACGGAGUCGACGAUUGUCACCGAGACGCGCCGCACGACCGAGGCGACGAUGCGCAUGGAGCACAAGAUCAGCUUCCCCGAGCUGCCCCCGUUGCGCCUGUCGCAGCGCACGCAAACGCCCACCGUGCCGACGGUGACCGAGGGCACGAGUCCGAUGAGCGCGGCUGACCCGCCGUCGGCCGGGCAGCAACAGCAGCAGCAGCAGUGCGCGGGCACCAAUACCGACCCGAUCGCGACCCGCUCGGACGCAACGCAGACAGCGCCGACGACGAUGACGGUCGACGUGCCGACGGCACCGAGCGUUCGGCUCCCAGCUCAGUCCGAAUCGAAACGGGAGAGUAGCAGCAUCAGCAGCAGCAGCAACAGCGUCACCAGCACCGUUGUGCGUGAACGACCGAAUUCGUCAUUCGAGCCACUGUUGCAGCAGCCGGCCGACGUCGGUGAACUGACCUCGGCACCACUGUUGGUAGGUUCGGAGCCGCGGCCGCUCUCCCUUUUGAAGCCCCAGCCGGAAACGAUCCCGACGCCCCCGAUCGGAACGCUGUUCCAAUCGGUGGCGACCGAAGCGCCCAAGUUCCCGCCGGCCCCGCCGGGAAGCAGCAGCGUGCGGAAGCCGAGACCGGCCAGCAUGUCGGAGGUGACGCGGGCCCGCAGCACCUCGCCCCGUCCGUCGGCCGACGCCAUCGCGAUGGAGCGGCUGUGGUCGACCCCGAAGGCGUUCGGGUCGUUCGGUGCGAGGGCGGCCGACGAGCCGCCGGUGUGCCAGGUGUACCGAUCGUACCGACCGCCGCCGACCGUCUCCUCAUCUUCAUCCACUUUCACCAAGCAUAUUACUACUACUACCACUCAGCAACAGCAACAACCACCACCACCACCACCACAACAACACAACUAUUCGACACUUCCGUUCGCACGCAAGCAAACGAAACCGCACCAAGAGCACAACGCCGCUAAAGCUCAUUCCGAUUCGAUUCGAUCCGAUUUUCAGCCGAUCUACCAGCAGCCCCCCCAGCCGCAGCCGCAGCCAGUGGUCAACGCACCCGCCCCGACCCAGAUGUACUCGUCCUUCUCCUCGACGCAGCAGUUCCAAGCGUCCUCGACGCUGUCGCAGCAGCAGUACUCACAGUCCUCGAUGCAGUACCAACCGUUCAAGCCGUCCCUGGCGGUGGAGGCCCCGGUGCGGGCGCCUUCUCCCGCUCCCGUGCCGACCUUUGUGCCGGCGGCGGCCGCUGCUCCACCGCCCCAGAGCUUCCCGCCGAAGAUCACUCCCUUCAAGCCGGCGCCGGCUCCUGCUGCACCGGUCGUUGCUGCUGCCCCGGCGCCAAUGUUCGCGCCAGCUGCUACCCAGCAGCCGCUGAACGUUGGCACGACGGCUCCAGCACCGACCUGCACCUUGACGCCGAUCGCUGGCGCUACUCCGGCCUUUGUGGCUGGGCCGUCGUACAACCAGACGCCACAGCCGUUCAAGCCGCUGCCACCGCCCGCGAUUACACCCAGCUCGCUUGGUAGCGCUGCCCAGCCUUCUGUUGCUGCUGCUGCAGCAGCACCGCUGCCAACCGUCAGCCAGCCAGCGUAUGCUGCACCGCAGCCACAGCCCCAACCGCAAGCCUUUGCCGAGCCUACUGGGCCGGUCUCGUUGCCACCGUAUCAGGAGCCGCUGUCCUUCUCGUCGAAACCGGCGGUGGAGCCACUGUACCCUGGUCAGCUGGGAGGUUAUCAACAGCCACCUCAGCCUCAGCCACCACAGCAGGUACAGUACCAACAGCAGCAGGUUCAGCAGCAACAGCAGCAGCAGCAGGUGUACCAGCAGCAGCAGGUGUACCAGCAGCAACAGGUGUACCAGCAGCAGCAACAGGUGUACCAACAACAGCAGCAGCAACAAGUGUACCAGCAGCAGCAACAAUCACAGCAGCAGUACUACAUGGAGCAGCAGGACGAGGAGGUGUACAAGAAAAAGUCCGUCAAGGAAACGAAGAAGCUGUUCGAAGAGUCGCUGCUGCAGCAGCAGGCCGCGUACGGCGAGCUGAAGGCACCGCGCAUGGUCCAGGGCGUCCGUCUGCCGGUUGCGGCGGCGGCCCCACUGCCCGCCGACUUUGGGUACGGUGCGAUCGCGGAGCUGGGUCUCGAGCCAGGGCCCCAGCCGACGAUGGGCUACGCUCCGAAGGCCUCGAGUGAGCGCAAGAGCUCCUACUACCGGGAGCAGAUCGAGCAGUCCCUGCUGGAGAGCAUGGACAAGGAGCCGGAACGUGUCCCGGCCGGCGGUGUCAAGAUUAUCCCGCCCAGCCCGCGCAAGAAGUCGAAACCGGCAGCGCCGGCGGGACAAUCUGACACUGCAGGGGGAGUGCCUGCCCCACUCGAGCAGCCCGCAGAGCCGCAGCAGGGCCAGCAGGGUGCCAUGACCAAGAGCCCGUUCACCGCCACCGAGAGCGAGUACGAGAGCGACAUGGACGGAGUGACUGGUGCCCGCCGCCAGAACGGCUACCUGGCCGACACGGAGGAGGUCGUGCAGAAGACGGCAGCUGUCUCCUUCGAACAGCAGCAGCAGCAGCAGCAGACGGUACAGACGGUUGAGAGCUUCAGCAGCUCCAGCAAGGUGGAGUCACACUCGUCGGUCGUCAGUGAGGUUGUGCAGCAGCAGCAGCAGCAGCAGCAGGUCGUCGAACAGGUUGAGCAAAAGGUGGAACAGGUUCAAGAGCAGCAACAGCAGCAGCAGGUGACGUCAGAAGAACAGGUACAGCAGCCACAGGAGCCGCAGCAACCAGCGCAGCAGUCCGAGGAAGUGAUCAUCUCGUCGUCGGAAACCGUCCAGAAGGAAACAACGGUUGAGGAGAGCAAGAGCAACUUCCUGGUCAACAACGAUCUGCCGGAGGACUUGCAGCCGGUGAAGGUGCUGCCAACGGAGGAGCCACUGCCAACGCUCAAGCAUGUGCCUGUUCCGGCCGCCGUACAGCCCGUCCCAGAGCCGGCCCCAGCGUCCGAGCCGACCCCGGUGGAACCAGCACCGCAGCAGCUGCAGCAACCAUUGCCGCAACAACCACAACCCGAACCGAUCGCUGCGACUCCGGUGCAGCAGAACGGCUAUCCGACGCCCAGCCCGGCCCAGCCGUUCCUGUCGGACUACGAGAGUGAUGCCGCGGCUCCGUCGCUGGCGGGCUACAAGCCGGUCCAUCCGGUGUUUGCGCCGCCGAAGCAGGAGUUCGCCACGGGUUCGGCUGCACCGCCACCGUCAGUAUUCGACCCUAUCGACAAGAUUCAAGCGAGCCAAAUCAGCGCCCCAGCGGACGCACCAAAGAUCGAGAAGCCAAAACCAAUCAGCUACGUGCAGCAGCAGCAGCAGCAGCAGCAGCAAUAUCAGUCGUACCAGCAACAGCAGACCUCAUCCUUCCAGCAGCAGCAGACCUAUCAGCAGCAAUCGUACCAGUCGGUGCAGCCGCCAGUGCAGCAGUCGUUCCCGCCGGCGGUGCAGUCGAUGCCGGCCCAGUACUACACCUCGGUCACCGGCCAGCCCGUCACCAACACGAUCGAGACCACCAACUCGCUGCAGAUGAAGGAGAUGACCGAGAGCAGCAACCGGGUGCUGAACAUGCAGCAAACGAAGCAAACUGCCUACUUGCAGCGACCGGGACGCUUCACGCCGGGCGAAUAUCGCGACAGCGAUGGGUACGACAGCGAUGGCAACCGCAUCCGUCCCCUCUGGACGCCGAACCCGUCCGACAGCGAUGAGCCGCACUAUCGCAGCGUGCGGCCGAACUUCCAGCAGCCGCGCUCGACGAGCCUGCCGCGCCAGUACGAGCGCAUCCAGACGCCGAUGGAGUUCGACACGCUGCCGGUGCAGAUGCCGACCAAGAUCGAGCUGUCGGCGGGCGGAGUAGAGUCGAGCCACCAGCGCAGCAGUUCGCUGUCGCGCCAGAGCACCGAGAUCCAGACGACCACUACGAUGACGACGGAAACGCUCAAGACGCAAACGCUGGACCGGUACGCGUCGAAGCGGAUGGCGACGGCCCCGGUGUCGAACUCGCGCGAUGACAUGGCGGUCAAGGCGCACCGGGUCGCGCCGAUCAACUACAUCCAGAAGCAGGCGGACGGUAUGGCCCAGUCGUUCAAGACGAAGGCGUACCAUUUCAACAACGAGGUCAUGACGGACAUCAAGAAGACGCCGAUCAAACCGAUCCUGAAGAACGCGUACGGUGCCCCGAUGCCACAGCAGCAACAGAUGGCACCGCCACAGCAGCUGCAGCAGCAGCAAGGGUCGGCUGUCCCACCGCAGGUCUACCGGGAAGAGUCACGAGUAUCGCAAUAUGAAGCAUCAUUCCACUGCUACAAGGAGCUAAAACCGAACGGACAGCCAGCAACGUCAACCCACGACAGCACGAAUGGAACGAACGUCGUCCGCACGGUGCUGGAGGAAACGGACACGAUCGAGAAGACGUACCGAUCCAUUUGCCUCAUACAAACAUGCGAAGUGCAACAGCAGCAUGGUGGCUUCAUUCAGCAGAGCGCUACACCGCUGGCAUCGAUCACGCCCGGUCUGCAGACACCAACUGGAGGUGCUCCGUUCCAGCAACAGCAGCAGCAGCCGCAGCAGCAAGUGCCGCUGCAGCCGCAGCCAACGUACGGCAUGGCGGCCCCAACGCCCGUCCCAGCCGGCGCCCCUACCGGCGACUACUCGCCGCCGGUCUUCGAACAGAUCUUCAAGAACUCGCGCUUCGCCCAGGGCGGCAACGCGCUGUUCGAGGGCAAGCUGAAGGGUAAUCCCCGGCCGGAGGUUUCGUGGACUCGAAAAGGCGCACCCCUUCUCGACUCCGCGAAGCACCGGCUGAGCUACAACCCGGGCACCGGGGCCGUCUCGCUGAUGAUCAACCAGAUCGGGCCGGGCGACGAGGGCGAGUACACGUGCAAGGCGCGCAAUGCGGUCGGCGAGGCGAUCUGCUCCGUGUUCAUCCAGCCGGAGGGCAUGGCGACGCCGCAGUUCCAGCAGGUACGCCGCGAACAGCAGCAGACCACCGUUAAGCAGCAGCAGCAGCAGUACACCAACGGGUACUCGCACGUGGAGGAAGAGUUCAAGGUGGACACGUUCGAGUAUCGUCUGCUGCGCGAAACGUCCUACAGGGAGUCGAUCACGCGGCGGUACGCCGGCGAAACGGACGCGCAGCUCAUCACGACGGUCGAUCGUGCGCUGGGACCGGCCACGGCCCCUCAGAUCGGUCAGAAGCCGCGCAACUCGAAGCUUUCGGAGGGUUCCGAUGCGGUGUUCAGCACGCGUGUGCUUGCUAAUCCGCGUCCGCGUCUGUCCUGGUUUAAGGAUGGACAGCGCAUCAUCCCGUCGGCGGACAAGUACGAGGUUAGCUACUCGAACCAGCAGGCCAUGCUGCGCAUCAAGAAUGUGAACGCGCGCGAUUCGGGCCAUUACACGCUGCUGGCCGAAAAUCCGCAGGGAUGUCAGGUGUCGUCGGCAGUGCUGGCGGUCGAGGCGGCCCAGGAGCAGGUGGCUGUGGAGCGUGCUACUUCCUUCUCGGAGCAGCAGCAGCAUCAGCAGUUCCAGCAGCACCAAGUCAUUGAGACUUCGACCGAGGCUACGAAAGCGCUGUCGCCGUCGUUCAUGACGCUGAUCCAGGACGCGGAGACGACCGAGGGCAAGAUGGUACGGUUCGAUUGCCGCGUGACCGGUCGUCCGUAUCCGGAGGUGGCCUGGUACAUUAACGGCAACCUCGUGACGGACGAUGCGACGCACAAGAUCCUCGUGAACGAGGCCGGCAAUCAUUCGCUGAUGAUUACGAGCACGAACCGCUUCGACCAUGGCAUCGUGACGUGCGUGGCGCGCAACAAGAGCGGUGAGGUGGCGGCCCAGGCCAAGCUGGUCGUGUGCGAGCGCGAGCAGGUCGUGGCGCCGAAGUUCGUCGAGCGCUUUACCACGGUCAACGUGAAGGAGGGCGAACCGGUGCGACUGUUUGCGCGUGCCAUUGGUACGCCGCUGCCGCGCAUCACCUGGCAGAAGGAUGGCAUUCCGCUCGUCCCGGGGCCGGAGGUGCAGAUCUGCAACGACGAGAACGGCUGCACGACCGUGGAUAUCCCGCGGGCGAAGGCGUCCGAUGCGGCGUGGUACCAGUGCACGGCACAGAACGUGGCCGGUACGACGGCAACCCGCGCUCGGCUGUUUGUCGAAGCUCCGAAGGGACCGGAGCCGGAGCAGAAGCGUCUCAAUCUGCCACGCCCAACGAAGGUCAUUCAGCCGGAGGCUGUUCCGGAACCGGAAAUUAUCUAUUUGCGUCAUGUGGAGCGAGCUGCUCCGCAUGCGCCACCGAAGGAGGAGGAACGCACCUAUCCGCCACCGAAGUUCAUCGUGCCGCUGAGCGACGUUGCACAGGUUGAGGGUGGCAAGGUGCACUUCGAGGCGCGCAUUGAGCCCGUCUCCGAUCCUUCGAUGCGUGUGCAGUGGUUCCUGAAUGGCAAUCUGAUCCAAGCAAGUUCGCGUGCAAACACGACCUUCCAGUUUGGUUUCGUAGCGCUGGAUCUGCUGACGAUCGUGAUGGAGGACAGCGGUGAGUAUCUGUGCCGUCUGUCCAGCUCGACGGGAGUGGCGGAGUCGCGCGCCAUGCUGAGCGUGCAGCCACGCCCACCGAUCGAGCAGCAAACGCAGCACCCAUCGUCGCUGGAUCAGAUCCAACAUCUCGAGGACUACUCUAAGUACGUGCGUACCGAGAGCAUCGAGGAGGUCGUCAACCAGAGACCAGGCUUCACGCGUCCGCUGCAGGACUUGGGCGAGCUGGAGGAGGGUCGCAAUGCGCACUUUGAGGCGCAGAUCACGCCGGUCAGCGAUCCGACGAUGCGCGUCGAGUGGUACAAGGAUGGACGCCCGAUCACGGCCAGUUCACGUAUCACGGCUAUCUUCAACUUUGGCUACGUUUCACUGAACAUCAUGCAUCUGCGGGCGGAAGACGCCGGCACGUACACGGUGCGAGCGGUCAACCGCAUUGGCGAAGCGAUCAGCACGUCGAAGAUUUCCGUCGUCAGCAAGGCGCCGGUUACCGGGGACUUGGGUAUCCAGGAGCAGCGCAACUACAUCCAGAAGAUUGAGGAGCUGGAACAGUACCAGAAGUACCAGAACAUGAAGUUCUACGAGGAGACGCCGGAGAGCACGCAGCGCCCGGAGUUCAAGAGCCCCAUCUCGGAUCAGUUGAAUGUGCGGGAGGGUGGCUUUGCGCACUUUGAGGCGCGUCUGGAGCCGGUCGGUGAUGCAACGCUGCGCGUCGAGUGGCUCAAGGACGGUCAUCCGGUGGAGGCGAGCUCGCGCAUCACAUCGUUCUGCAACUUUGGAUACGUGGCGCUGACGAUCAAGCAGGUUACGGUGCACGAUGUCGGCACUUACACGUGCCGUGCGUACAACUCGCUGGGUGAGGCGCACGUUUCGGCUAAGUUGACGGUGCUGACGCGCCAGGACAUCAUUGUCGACUCGCAGACGAGCCACAUGGGCAUGGAGAAGAUCCAGUAUCUGGAGGAUUCGUCCAAGUACAUGCGUACCACUCAGGAACAGGUUGAGCAGGUGGUACAGCCGCAGCCACGCUUCUUGGGGCCGCUUAAGGGUACGAACCGCAUUGUUGAGGGACAGCGUGCUCACUUUGAGGCACGUCUGGAACCGCAAUCGGAUCUCACGAUGCGUGUUGAAUGGUAUCACAAUGGUCGUCCGCUGAUGAGCGCUAAUCGCAUCCAGACAUACCACGACUUUGGCUACGUUGCGCUGGACAUUUUGGACGUUCGUGCGGAAGACUCGGGCACCUACACGCUGGUAGCAGCGAACGCGGCCGGACAGGCGCAGGUUGAAGCCACCAUGGUGGUGGAAACUCGUGCCGCUAUCGAUACGACCAGCAUGCACCACGUUGUGGAACGUUCGCAGCAGAAGGUGGAAAAGCAUUUCGUGGAGCCACAGUACCAGGUGGAGGAGCUGUGCAAGUCGAAGCCGAUCUUCACGCAGCCACUGUCCGAUCCCCAGCCGGUCGGCGAGGGACGCAACAUCCAUCUGGAGUGCAAGCUGGAACCGCUCGGUGAUCCGACGAUGCGCGUCGAAUGGUACCAGAACGGGCGCCCGAUCACGGUCGGCUCGCGCUUCAAGACGUACUACGACUUUGGCUUCGUAGCGCUGGACAUUCUGCACUCGACGGCGGCCGAUUCCGGCGAGUACACGGUGCGCGCCACGAACCAGCUCGGUUCGGCCCACACGUCGGCCUGUGUGCGCGUCAUCACGCGCUCGGACAUCAUUACCGAGGCGCAGAGUGAAAUGUCCGUCGAGCAGAUGCAGUAUCUGGAGGACGCGUCGCGCAUGAGACGCGAUGUGCUCGAGGACAUUACCGUGAUGUCGCCGCCCCAGUUUGCCCGCUCGCUGCACAACGUGGAAACGUUCGAGGGCACCAACAUUCAUCUGGAGUGCCGUCUGCAACCCGUCGGUGAUCCGUCGAUGCGCGUGGAAUGGUUCGUGAACGGAAUGCCUGUCAAGAUUGGGCAUCGCUUCCGGCCGGCGUACGAGUUCGACUACGUUGCGCUCGAUCUGCUCGGUGUGUAUGCGGCCGACUCGGGCGUGUACACGUGCCAGGCGCGUAACUCGCUCGGCGAAGCGGUUACCUCCUGCUCGGUGCGCAUCAUGGCGAAGAAGGACCUGAUCCUGGAGUCGCAGUACCCGGCCGGUCUGGAGAAGCUGCAGUAUCUGGAAGACAUUGCCCGGUACCGCAAGACCGAGUACGUCGACGAAAUCGUGAACGUGAAGCCGCGCUUCCUGACCAAGCCGAAGAACAUCGAUCGGGCGCAGGAGGGUGGUCAUGCGCACUUUGAGUGCAAGCUGGAACCGGUCACGGAUCCGAAUCUGAAGGUGGAAUGGUACAAGAACGGUAUGCCGAUCACCGUCGGUCAUCGAUUCCGUCCGAUCCACGACUUUGGAUAUGUGGCGCUCGACAUCAUCGAUCUGAUCGCGGAGGAUACCGGCACUUACAUGUGUCGGGCCGUGAACUUGGUCGGCGUGGACGAGAUUGCCGUGCAGUUGUCGUGCCGUGGAUCGCAGCAGAUCCUAACCAACACCCAGAACGAGAUGGGACUGGAGCAGAUCCAGUAUCUAGAGGAGAAGACGCGCCAACAGCGCUCGGACUAUCUGGACGAGAUGACAACGCAGGCACCAACCUUUACGACCUCGCUGAAGCACAUCGAGAUCAAGGAGGGUCAGCGCGCUCACUUUGAGUGUCGUUUGAUCCCUGUUUCCGACCCGACGCUGCGUGUCGAGUGGUACCACAACGAAGCGCCCGUCAAGACGGGUUCGCGCUUUACCGAAACGAACAACUUUGGCUUUGUCGCGCUGGACAUUAUGGGCUGCCUGGCCGAUGAUUCCGGCACCUACACGUGUCGUGCGGUGAACGCGCUGGGUGAAGCUGUCACGUCGGCUACCUGCGUGGUGCACACGCGCAAGAGCAUCUACUCGGAGUCGCAGCAUGAGCAUGCGCUGACGAGUUUGCGCUAUCUGGAGGACAACUCGCGCUACCAGCGUGACACGGAGGUGGAUGAGGUGAUUACGCAGGCACCAGUCUUUACGCUGCCGGUUAAGGACGUGAAGGUGGCCGAGAACCAGGCCGUACACUUUGAGGCACGUCUUGUGCCGGUCGGUGAUCCGAAGAUGCGCGUCGAGUGGCUGCGCAAUGGAGUCCCAAUUGAGGCAUCCAACCGCACCACGACCAUGCACGACUUUGGUUACGUUGCGCUGAAUAUGAAGUACGUCAACCCGGAGGACUCGGGCACGUACACGUGCCGUGCGACGAACGAGCUUGGCCAGGCGGUCACCUCGGCGAAGCUGGUCGUCCAGUCGAAGGCUUCGCUGGAUCUGGAAACGCAGAACGAGAGCGCACUGGAGAAGAUCCACCAGCUCGAGGACGCGAUCCGAUUCCAGCGCCGCGAGGAGGAAGAUGUCGCCGUUACGGUGCCGCCAAAGUUCACGACGAAGCUGCACGGUCCGACCAGUCUGGUGGAGGGCCAGAGCGCUCACUACGAGUGCCGCAUCGAGCCGUAUCCGGACUCGAGCCUGAAGGUGGAAUGGUUCCACAACGGACAACCGCUCACGACCGGCCAUCGGUUCCGAACGACGUACGACUUUGGCUUUGCCGCGUUGGAUGUGCUGACGGUGUACGCCGAAGACUCGGGUGAGUACACGUGCCGCGCCACGAACCAUCUGGGCUCGGAAACGUCCUCGAUCGCGCUGAACGUUACCCCGAAGGCGGGCAUUGUGCGCGAGACGCAGCACGAGGGAGCGCUGGAGAAGAUCCAGUACCUGGAGUGCGACGCACGGUUCGGUCGCAAGGGCGAGGACGAGAUGUACGUAGCGGAGAAGCCAGCCUUUGGCCGACCGCUCAAGAAUGCCAGCGUCGGCGAGGGCCUGCCGGUGCAUCUGGAGGCGACACUGACGCCGGUGAACGAUCCGACGAUGAAGGUGGAAUGGUACUGCAACGGGCGCCCGAUUCAGCAGGGCCACCGGUUCAAGACGACGUAUGACUUUGGUUUCGUAGCUCUCGACAUCCUUUAUGCGCACGCUGAGGACACGGGUACUUACAUGUGUAAGGCUAAGAAUGCAAUUGGAGAGGCUGUUACGACAUGCGCUGUAAAAGUCACAGCAAAUGCCGGACUAUAUUUGGAGACGCUUGAUGAACAGCGGCUGCAAAAGAUUAAGGAACUGGAGAGCUACCAGAAACCACAAACGCAGGAAGUUGAACCGGCCAAGCAGAAGCCAGUCUUCCUCACUCCGCUGACGAGCCUGGAGAAUCUGAAGGAAGGCGACUACGCCCACCUGGAGUGUCGCGUCGAACCGAUCAACGAUCCGAACCUCAAGAUUGAGUGGUUCAUCAACGGCAAGGCGAUCCGUGCAGGACAUCGCUUCCGCACGACGCACGAUUUCGGCUACGUCGCGCUCGACAUCCUGUACGUGUAUGGCGAGGACAGCGGCACGUACAUGUGCAAGGCCACCAACCAGGUCGGUGAGGCGGUCAGCACGUGCAACAUUCGCGUCACCAACAAGCGCAACAUCAUCUUCGACUCGCAGCAUCCGGACGGGCUGGAAAAGAUCCAGAAGUUGGAGGCGCACUCGCGCCCCAACCGUCUCGAGCUGGACGAACCGGAAGUGACGGCACCGCGCUUCGUAACGGAGCUGCGCGGCACGACCGAAAUUCACGAGGGCCAGACGGCUCACUUCGAGGCGCAGGUUGAGCCGAUCCACGAUCCGAACCUGCGCAUCGAGUUCUACCACAAUGGAAAGCCACUGCAGUCGGCUUCCCGGUUCCACAUCACGUUCGACUUUGGAUACGUCGCGCUCGACAUCCAGCACGUUGUGGCAGAGGAUGCGGGCGAGUACACGGUCAAGGCCAUCAACGCGAAGGGCCAGUGCAAGUCGUCGAUCAAGAUGCAGGUGACGGCAAAGGGAGCGAUCAUCUCGGACACGCAGCACCCGGAGGGUCUGGACAAGAUCAAGCAGCUCGAGGGCGCCAGUCCAUUCCGUCGCCCGGAGGUGCAGGAUGCGGUCACGAAGCAGCGCCCGGUGUUUACGCAACCACUGCAAAACAUCGACUACGUUGCGGAGGGCCAGACGGCACACUUCGAGUGCCGCCUGAUCCCGGUCGGCGAUCCAAACCUGCGCGUCGAAUGGUUCCGCAACGAGCAGCCGCUCGAGGAUAGUUCGCGCAUCACGAAGCAGCACGAUUUCGGAUUCGUGUCGAUGGAUCUGCAGCACGUGCGCGAGGAAGACGAGGGCGUGUACAUGUGCCGUGCGAUCAACCCGCUCGGUGAGGCCGUCACGACCGCCUCGAUGCGGGUGCGCACCAAGGCAAGCAUCCAGAUGGAUUCGCAGCACCCAGAGGGCAUGAAGAAGAUCAUCGCGCUGGAGCAGCCCCACCAGCAGCGGUCGGAGGACCAGGAGGCAGCAUUCGAGAAGCCCAUCUUCACGCAGCUGCUGACUGGCCCGUCGGAGCUGUGGGAAGGUCAGCACGCCCACUUCGAGGCGCGUGUGGUGCCGGUCGGUGACGCUAGCAUGAAGUACGAAUGGUACGUGAACGGCGUCGAGCUGAAGAUGGGCUCACGCUUCCGCACUACGAACGACUUCGGAUUUGUCACGCUGGACAUCAACUCGGUCGUCGCGGAAGACUCGGGUGUGUACAUGUGCAAGGCUAUUAACCGCGCUGGAGAGGCCGUCUCAUCGACCACGAUGAAGAUCAAGUCGAAGGCAUCGAUUGCGGGCGAACCGCUGCUGCCGGAAGCUUGGGAGAAGAUCCAGCUGAAGGAAGCCGCCAUGAACCGUGUGCCGGAUAUGUUCGUCGACACGACGCCCCAGCAGGCGCCAGUCUUCACCACGCAUCUGGAAAGCCACGACAAGCUGCAGGAAGGCCAGCACGUCUAUCUGGAAGCUCAGGUGGAGCCACGUGCCGAUCCGAACCUGCGCAUCGAAUGGUUCAAGAACGGUAUCGCCAUCACGACCGGAGCGCGUAUACGCAGCACGUUCGACUUUGGACUUGUGACGCUGUCGAUCAACGGUCUGCGCGCGGAUGACUCUGCCAUCUACACCUGCAAGGCUACGAACAAUCUGGGCGAAGCUGUGUCUACCGCUACGCUCAAGAUUGACGCCAGCCACUGGCUGCUCGGAGACACGAUGCACCCCUCGUCGGUGCAGAAGAUCCAGGAUCUGGAGGCACCGCGCAUGAACCUGCGCGACGUGCCGGAGGAUCAGUUCGAGUCGCCCGUCUUUGUCGACCAUCUGAACAACGUGGAGAUCAAGGAGGGUGAAAACGCUCACUUCGAGUGCCGCGUCGAACCGUCCAAGGAUCCGACGAUGCAGAUCGAAUGGUUCGUCAAUGGAAAGCCGUUGCCGACUGGCGCUCGCUUCAAGACUACGUACGACUUUGGCUUUGUCUCGCUGGAUCUGACUGGCGCGUAUGCCGAGGAUUCGGGCAUCUACACGUGCAAGGCCACCAACAGCAAGGGAUCGGCAUCGACCUCGGGUUCGUUGCGUUGCGCCAGCACCACCACGAUGUAUCUGGACACGCAGCACCCGCAGGGUAAGGCCGGUCUGGAGGCGGUACAGGACACGGAAGCGGCAUUGGCCAACCGAUACCGCCGCCAGGAGUCGAAGCCGGAGUCUGCCUUCCCGAAACCACAGUGGACGGUACAGCUGCAGUCGGAGUUCCGGCUGAACGAGGCGGAAGCACUGCAUCUGGAGGGCCAGGUGGAGCCAAAGGACGAUCCUAACCUGAAGAUCGAAUGGUACUUCAACGGUAAGGUGCUGGAGCAUGGUUCGCGCUUCAAGAUGACGAGCGACUUCGGUUUCGUUACGCUCGACCUGACGGAGGUGUACGAGCGCGACCAGGGCAUCUACACGUGCAAGGCAUACAACCAGGCCGGUGAAGCGUUCACCUCUUCGACCGUGUACUGCGUGACGAAGGAAAGCCUCAUCGAGCGUACCCAGCAUCCGAAGGGUACGGAGGGACUGGAGAAGAUCCAGGAUCUGGAGGACUCGCUGCGCCGCCCAGAAGGUGGAGAGGCCGAAUCCGACGCUGGACAUGCGCCACGCUUCACGUCCGAGUUCGUCAAGCUCACGAAUGUCGGAGAGGGUGAGAUUGCUCACUUCGAUGCAACGCUCAUUCCGACCGGCGAUCAGUCGAUGACCAUCGAGUGGCUGUACAAUGGCAAGCAGCUGGAGGCAAGUCACCGCGUCCGCACGGUGUACGCCUUCGGUAUGGUGGUGCUGGAGAUCCUCGGCACGAAGAUCGAGGACUCAGGAAGCUACACGUGCCGCGCCACGAACCGCUGGGGCACGGCCGAGAUCAGUGUCGACCUGGAGUGUGUCGAUAAGUCGGCUGGACAGAAGCCGCGCUUCACCACGCAGCUCCAGUCGCUCGAGGGCCUGAAGGAUGGUCAAUCCGCUCACUUCGAGUGCACGCUGGUGCCGGUGAACGACCCGGAUCUGAAGGUGGAAUGGUUCCACAACGGCAAGCCGAUGCGCCACUCGAACCGCAUCAAGCCCGUGUCCGACUUUGGCUACGUGCUGCUGGACAUUGCGUACGUGCAGAGCCACGAUUCGGGCGAGUACGUGUGCCGUGCGUCGAACAAGUACGGCGAGGAUACGACCCGUGCCACGCUCAAGUGCUUCGGCAAGGGUGGUGUGUACCUGGAGUCGCUGCAGCCCGAUUCGCUGGCCCGCAUUCGCGAGCUCGAGAGUCAGUCGGGUGCAAAGCAGACGGCGGCAGGAUCGCCAGUUGGCGAGGCACCACGCUUCACCACGAAGAUCAGCGACAUCACCAAGCUGGUGGAGGGCCAGAGCGCUCACUUUGAGGCGCGCCUGACGCCCAUCAACGAUCCCGAGCUGGUGGUGGAGUGGUACUGGAAUGGACAGAAGCUGCCGCACGGCCAUCGCUACCGCACGUUCCACGAUUUCGGAAUUGUUAUCCUCGACAUUCUGUACUGCUACGAGGAGAACUCGGGCGAGUUUGAGUGCCGCGCGACGAACAAGUACGGCUCGGACAGCACCAAGGCGACGCUGCGCUGCAUCUCCAAGGCUAACCUCAUUCUGGACUCGCAGCUGCCCCGUGGAAUGGAGGGCGGACUCGAGAAGAUCCAGACGCUGGAGGAUUCGCUGAUCCGUACGCGCGACGAGCGCGAACGUACCGAGGGUGGACGUGCGCCAGUCUUCACCACUCCGCUUUCGAACAUCGAUUCGCUGCGGGAGGGUGAGAGUGCUCACUUUGAGGCGAAGCUAACACCGACCGACGAUCCGAAGCUGAAGGUCGAAUGGUUCUGGAACGGCAAGCCACUCAAGACGGGCUCGCGCUUCCGCACGUUCUGCGACUUUGGAUUCGUUAUCUUGGAAAUCUCGCCGGUAUAUCCCGAAGACUCGGGUGAGUACUCGUGCCGUGCAACGAACGAGUACGGCGAGGCCGUUACUACCUCGACCAUGCGUGUGCAGGGCAAGCGUAGCAUCAUCUUGGAAUCGCAGCUGCCCAAGGGUAUGGAGAGCACGAUCGAGCGUAUUGCCGAGCUGGAGGGCCUGGGCAUUCCGCACGGAGGACUUGGCUCGCCAGACGAUGACACUGGCAAGCCGCCGGAGUUCAUCACCACCCCGUCGGACAUGACGCUGACGGAGAAUUCGCUGGCCCACUUCGAGUGUCGCCUGACGCCGAUCAACGAUCCGAGCAUGCGCGUCGAGUGGUACCACAACGGUAAGGCGCUGUGGGCCGGUUCGCGCAUCAAGACGAUCAACGACUUUGGCUUUGUGAUUCUGGAGAUUGCGGGCUGCUAUCAGCGCGACUCGGGACUGUACACGUGCAAGGCGACGAACCGCCACGGCGAGGCGACCGUUUCGUGCAAGCUGACCGUGCGUGGUCGUCAGGGCAUCAUCAUGGAGCCACAGCUGCCGUCGAACUUCCGCACUGGCACGGAGAGCAUCCAGAAGCUGGAAGAGCAGCUGCACAAGCGCGAGGAGCUGAUGGCCGACGAGGAGGAGGGCCGUCCGCCGAAGUUCGUUGUCGAGAUCAAGGACAACGUGGACGUGGCUGAGGGUGGUCCGGUGCACUUUGACUGUCGCGUCGAGCCCGUGGGUGACUCGUCGCUGCGUAUCGACUGGUACCACAAUGGCAAACCAUUCGCAACUGGUUCGCGUGUGCAUAUGCUGAACGAUUUCGGCUUUAUUGCGCUGGACAUGGACUACGCGUACGUGCGCGAUUCCGGUGUGUAUGAGUGCCGAGCGACCAACAAGUGGGGUACGGCUUCGACGACCGCCAAGGUGACUGUGGUUGCCCGUGGUGGUAUCGUGCUGGACUCGCAGCUGCCCGAGGGUAUGACGGCUUCCAAGCUGAAGGAGCUGGAACGUGGCAAGGUGACGCUGGCCACGCAGGAAGAGCGUACCUUCGGACCGCCCAAGUUCGUGUCGCAGAUUCAGUCGGCCACGAUCGAUGAGGGCGAAACGAUUCGCUUCGAGUGCCGCGUUGAGCCGAAGGAAGAUCCGAAGCUGCGCGUGGAAUGGUUCCGCAACGGCAAACCACUGCCAAGUGGUCACCGUUACCGCACGAUCUACGAUAUGGGCUUCGUGUCGCUGGACAUUCUGUCGGUGUACACGGAGGAUGCGGGUGACUACACGUGCCGCGCGUACAACGAACACGGCGAGGAUGUGACGAAGGCACACAUCAGCUGCAAGAAGUUGCCGUCGAUUGUGCUGCAGAACCAGAUCCCGAAGGGCAUGCAGAAGUCGGAGACGCUCAUGCAGAUGGAGGCGACGAUCAAGAAGUACACCGAGGAGAUCUUCCUUACCGAGGACGAUCUGUUCGAUCCGGACCGCAAGCAGCCGCCGCGCUUCGUCGUGCAGAUCAAGGACCAGACCAACCUGGUGGAAAUGCAGGCGACCAAGUUCGAGUGCCAGCUGGCCCCGGUCGGCGAUCCGGACAUGAAGGUGGAAUGGUUCUACAACGGCAAACCACUGCCGUACAAGAACCGUUUCACGCCGAUCUACGACUUUGGUUACGUUGCAAUGAACUUUGGCUGGAUCUAUCCGGAAGACAGCGGCGAAUAUUUGUGCCGUGCCACGAACCUGUACGGUAUGGACGAGACGCGCGCCAUCAUCAAGACGACUGGCAAGCCAGGCAUCGUCUACGACUCGCAGCUGCCAAAGGGCAUGAAGAGUAUCCAGAAGAUCCGCGAAAUGGAAGCCUUGUGGAACUUGAACAUCCCCGAGGUCAUCGACGAGACGCAGAAGCCCAAGAAGGAACCAGCCUUUGUCAGCCGCCCGGAUUCGAUCGAGGUCGAGGAAGGUGAAUGGGCACGAUUCUGCUGCCGUGUCACCGGACAUCCGAAGCCGCGCGUCAUGUGGCUCAUCAAUGGACACACCGUUGUUAAUGGUCAACGCUACAAGCUCACCUAUGAUGGCAUGUAUCACUUCGAUAUUCCGAAGACGCGCCAGUACGAUACCGGCAAGAUCGAGGUCAUUGCCCGCAGCUCCGUCGGUGAGGCCGUUGCUAGCUGUGAGCUGAAGAUUACGCCCCGCCGCGACGACUACCGCGGUGUGCUGAAGAACUCGCCACGACCAUGGUACGACUACGAUCUAGUCGCUUAUCAGAAGGGCCGUGUAGAGACGGAUCUGGAGGCGACGCUGCAGGAGGAGAAGAAGAAAAAGCGCAAGGUCGUGCAGAAGGCGAAGACGAAGAAGGAGGGCGAAACCGAAUGGCAAAAGACGGUCAAGCAGAAGAAGGGCGAGGAGUACUACAGCAAGCUGGCGGAGUUGGAAACCGAGCAGCUGACGAAGGAGCAAAAGAUGCGCGAAGAAAAGCAUCAGUUUGCGAUCCCGGGCGAGAAGGUUGUCAGUCAAUCGAUCGCCAAGGGUAUGGCAAGUGCCUACGAGCAGACGCUGGAGGAAACGAAGGAGAGCGAAAACGUGGAACUGAUUGACGCUCCCAAGAAGAAGCUGAUCCCGGAGCCAACGGAAACGUCCGUCCAGGGCAAGGAGGUGCACAUCUCGCAGCAGAAGCAAACGCAAAAGGAGGUGUACGAUGACAAGGAGAUCAUUCGUAAGAUCACCGCCACCGAGACGACCGAGAUGGAGCACAAGGGUACGACGCAGGAGCGCGUGGUGGAGGGCCCGGUACAGCCGACCAAACCGCCCGUCUUUACGCGCAAGAUCCAACCGUGCCGGGCGUUCGAGAACGAGCAGGCCCGCUUCGAGGUCGAGUUCGACGGUGAGCCGAUGCCGACGGUCAAGUGGUUCCGCGAGAACUUCCAGAUCAACAACUCGGCCGACUUCCAGAUCCACACGUUCGGCACCAAGUCGGUGCUGAUCAUCCGCCAGGUGUUCCUCGAGGAUUCGGCCGUAUUUGCCGUAAUUGCGGAGAACCGCGGCGGAACUGCCAAGUGCAGCGCCAACCUGGUGGUCGAGCAGCGCCGACAGCAGGGCCGUGGUGGAGUCAUUCCGCCCAGCUUCGUAAGCACCAUCAGCGACACGACGGUAACGGCCGGUCAGUUGGCCCGCUUCGAUGCGAAGGUCACCGGUACGAAGCCGCUCGAUGUGUACUGGCUGAAGAAUGGCCAGAAGCUGGCGCCGAACAUCAAGUACAAGAUGCUCGAGGAGGACAACAACUACACGCUGCUGAUCAUCGAGGCGUACGCGGAGGACGGUGCGAAGUAUGAGUGUGUGGCCAUUAACGGAGCCGGCGAGGCACGGUGCGAUGCGGUCUGUACGGUGGACACACCGGUGACGCCGAUCAUCGAGAAGCCGGCCACACCCGGCACGGAGCGUCCACCGACGCUGGUCGAGCCGCUGAAGGACAAAACCGUGCCCGAGGGACAGUCGGUCGAGUUCCGGACGCGUGUGACCGGCAAACCGACGCCCACCGCCCAGUGGUUCAAGGGUGACAAGCAGAUCAAACCGUCCAAGUACUUCCAGAUGGGCAAGGAUCGGGAUGCGUUCACGCUGAUCGUUACCGAGGCGUUCCCGGAGGACGAGGGCCAGUAUCUGUGCAUUGCUUCGAACCCGGGCGGUGAGGUGCACACGACCGCCACGCUGAAGGUGGUCGCGCCCGAGAUGCCCGACGCCGGUCCGAAGCUGAGCGAGAUGAAGGACUGCCUGGUGGAGGAGGGUUCGCCGGCCCAGUUCAAGACGACCAUCGUCGGCAAACCGACCAAGAUGACCGUCCAGUGGUUACGCGAGGGUCUGCUGAUUCCGGAGUCACCCGAUUUUCAGAUGAUCAACGAAGGCAACAACGCGGUGCUGCUGAUCGGGACGACCUACGAGGAAGACUCCGGUACCUUCACCUGCCGUGUGACCACGUCCGCCGGACAGGUCGAAACGUCCGCCAAACUGAUAGUCAAAAAGCGUCGAAAGCAGCUGCGACAGGUGCACGGUGCUGCUGGAGUUCACCUCCAACAGCAAAAGGAUGUGCAACCGACACAGCAAUUUUCGUCAUCGACCACCUCUGCGACUGCUCAACAGUUAAGCGAUACAUCGUACGAUAGUAGCACCGGUACGAGCGAAGUUGACACCGAGUUCGUCCCGCAGGGUGAUGAAAAUUUGCCAUGGAGACGAUCUCGAAGCCUAUCGCGAGGGCCAACCACUGAGGCUGUUGCUCCAUGGCGGCGUGCCUCUCAAGAUCGACGUACGUCCCGCGAUCGAUCACUGUCGAUCGAUAAACGCGAAGAGAUCAAGCCAUGGACGGCCGAGGUAGUUAAACUGAAGAAAACGACCAAGGAACGUAAAACCAUCGAGAAAGAAAAACUCGAAACGGUACAAUUGAAACCGACACAAAUCCAGAAGCCGCAGAUUAAGCGCGAACAGCUAGAGAAGGUCGAACUGAAGACAGUGAAACGUGAGCAGGAGAUAUCCGAGCUUAAUAUGGAAGAAAUGGUUCAAGCCAUCAUCGGAGAGCAGGAAGAUAUCGACCAUAUAGAUUAUAAUGUUCAGAAAUUACGUCACGAUGAGGAUAUCUCUAUUCUAGAGAUUCAGCAGCAGGUGGAUGAAUUAAUUCGCAAAGACUCGCAAAAGGCGGAAGGAGUUGCCUGGCGUCGAGGGGGUCCAAGAAAGGAACAGCCUCAAACCGGUAGGGAACAGUUCGUCGAAACUGACGAGAGCACUAUGCUUAAGGUAGAUCGAAACGAAACAACGACAGAACUAGAACAGCAAAAACUCACUCUGGACCAGGGAGCUGGCGUAGCGUGGAGACGAGGCAAACGUCCGGAGCCAGAACAUCAACCUUAUGCACAGGUGGAAGAUUCUACCAUGCUAAGUGUCGAUCAUUUAGAAGAGCAAGAAGCGAAACAGCAACAGCCCGAGCUCCAGCCAGUUCCUUGGCGACGAGGACCCAAAGAAACUACACCCAAACCCGUAGAGUUUACGGAACGAGAGGACUCUUCUACGCUCAAAUUGGAGCAAACCGAACAAGAACUGUCACAAGAUUCGAAACCAACCGAGCAACCGGUUGGCUGGAGAAGAGGACCGAAAGAAAAGAAGCCUGUUGUCGAACCAGCAACAGAAGAGCCGGCUCCAGAAGACCAACCAGAAACGCAACUGCCUCCAUGGAUGCGGGGACGAAAACCAGGACCAAAGCGAGAAUUACCAAAACAACCCGAGCCGGAAAAGGUCGAGCAAGUAAUGCUCAAGCCUACACCUCGCCAGAAGAAGGAGCUUCCGAAAGAGGCUAUUGAGGAGGUCUCGCUCAAGCCUGUCCCCAAGAAGCCAGUUGUGGAGGAGGUUGCUACUGCUGAGCCCGAGGAAGUCGAGGAAAAGACAGUCAAGAUUGUCAAGAAGAAAAAGCCAAAGUCCGUCACACAACAGGAGUCUCUUGAGAAGCUGGAGUUUACUUCCACGGAGGUACCCGAAGUAGAGAAAAUGGAGAUGCCCGAAAAGCUGGAGGAAGUCAAGCCAAUCGAGCCUGAACAAGAGCCUGAGAAGCCCAGUUGGCGUAGACAACAAAAGCCUAAGCCUCAAGAGGAAGUGCCAGAAGAAAAGCAAUGGCCUACUGGUAAGCGACGUCCUCUUCCAGAAGAACCGAAGGAAGAAGUCGUUCUCAAACCAAUUCCAAAGCCUACGAAAGAAGUGGAGCCUACAGAAAGCAAGGAGCCUACGAUCAAACCGAAACCAAUGCCAGAACUCGACGAUAAACCCGAGCCUGAGCUAGAACUGGAGAAACCAGCCGUACCGGAAGAGGACACCAGUCUUCCUCCGUGGCGUCGUGGCAAGAAGCCAGUAGAGAAGAAGCCUCUUCCUCCUCCGGCUGAGCCUGAAAAGGUCGAGCAAGUAAUGCUCAAGCCUACACCUCGCCAGAAGAAGGAGCUUCCGAAAGAGGCUAUUGAGGAGGUCUCGCUGAAGCCUGUUCCCAAGAAGCCAGUUGUCGAGGAGAUUGCUCCAACUGAGCCCGAGGAAGUCGAGGAAAAGAUAGUCAAGAUUGUCAAGAAGAAAAAGCCAAAGUCCGUCACACAACAGGAGUCUCUUGAUAAGCUGGAGUUUACUCCCACGGAGGUACCCGAAGUAGAGAAAAUGGAGAUGCCCGAAAAGCUGGAGGAAGUCAAGCCAAUCGAGCCUGAACAAGAGCCUGAGAAGCCCAGUUGGCGUAGACAACAAAAGCCUAAGCCUCAAGAGGAAGUGCCAGAAGAAAAGCAAUGGCCUACUGGUAAGCGACGUCCUCUUCCAGAAGAACCGAAGGAAGAAGUCGUUCUCAAACCAAUUCCAAAGCCUACGAAAGAGACAGAGCCUAAAGAAACUAAGGAGCCUACGAUCAAACCGAAACCAAUACCAGAACUCGAUGAUAAACCCGAGCCUGAGCUUGAACUGGAGAAACCAGCCGUACCGGAAGAGGACACCAGUCUUCCUCCGUGGCGUCGUGGCAAGAAGCCAGUAGAGAAGAAGCCUCUUCCUCCUCCGGCUGAGCCUGAAAAGGUCGAGCAAGUAAUGCUCAAGCCUACACCUCGCCAGAAGAAGGAGCUUCCGAAAGAGGCUAUUGAGGAGGUCUCGCUGAAGCCUGUUUCCAAGAAGCCAGUUGUCGAGGAGAUUGCUCCAACUGAGCCCGAGGAAGUCGAGGAAAAGAUAGUCAAGAUUGUCAAGAAGAAAAAGCCAAAGUCCGUCACACAACAGGAGUCUCUUGAUAAGCUGGAGUUUACUCCCACGGAGGUACCCGAAGUAGAGAAAAUGGAGAUGCCCGAAAAGCUGGAGGAAGUCAAGCCAAUCGAGCCUGAACAAGAGCCUGAGAAGCCCAGUUGGCGUAGACAACAAAAGCCUAAGCCUCAAGAGGAAGUGCCAGAAGAAAAGCAAUGGCCUACUGGUAAGCGACGUCCUCUUCCAGAAGAACCGAAGGAAGAAGUCGUUCUCAAACCAAUUCCAAAGCCUACGAAAGAGACAGAGCCUAAAGAAACUAAGGAGCCUACGAUCAAACCGAAACCAAUACCAGAACUCGAUGAUAAACCCGAGCCUGAGCUUGAACUGGAGAAACCAGCCGUACCGGAAGAGGACACCAGCCUUCCUCCGUGGCGUCGUGGCAAGAAGCCAGUAGAGAAGAAGCCUCUUCCUCCUCCGGCUGAGCCUGAAAAGGUCGAGCAAGUAAUGCUCAAGCCUACACCUCGCCAGAAGAAGGAGCUUCCGAAAGAGGCUAUUGAGGAGGUCUCGCUGAAGCCUGUUCCCAAGAAGCCAGUUGUCGAGGAGAUUGCUCCAACUGAGCCCGAGGAAGUCGAGGAAAAGAUAGUCAAGAUUGUCAAGAAGAAAAAGCCAAAGUCCGUCACACAACAGGAGUCUCUUGAUAAGCUGGAGUUUACUCCCACGGAGGUACCCGAAGUAGAGAAAAUGGAGAUGCCCGAAAAGCUGGAGGAAGUCAAGCCAAUCGAGCCUGAACAAGAGCCUGAGAAGCCCAGUUGGCGUAGACAACAAAAGCCUAAGCCUCAAGAGGAAGUGCCAGAAGAAAAGCAAUGGCCUACUGGUAAGCGACGUCCUCUUCCAGAAGAACCGAAAGAAGAAGUCGUUCUCAAACCAAUUCCAAAGCCUACGAAAGAAGUGAAGCCUACAGAAAGCAAGGAACUUACGAUCAAACCGAAACCAAUGCCAGAACUCGAUGAUAAACCCGAGCCAGAGCUAGAACUGGAGAAACCAGCCGUACUGGAAGAGGACAACAGCCUUCCUCCGUGGCGUCGUGGUAAGAAACCAGUUCCCAAAAGGGAAAUUCCUGCUCCGGAACCUGCUGUCAUGGAGACUGUUACUCUUAAACCAACAUCAAAACGGGCUAAAGAAUUGCCUCAAGAAUCGAUCGAGGAGGUAUCGCUGAAGCCUGUGCCUCAAAAGUCAGAAGUUGAAGAGGUCCCAGCCGACAAGGUGUCAAUAGCUGAGGUGAAAGAUAUCUCCCCAAAGAAGGUGAAGAAACCAAAACGAAAGGAGGAAUUGGAACCGCUUGAAAAACCUGUCUAUCCUGAGAUUCCUGAACAAGAGGAAGUGCAACUGGAGAAGACGGAACACAUUCCGGAAGAAGUACAAAAAGAGCCAGAAACAGUUCCAGAACAACCUCCAUGGCGAAGAACUCCAAAACCAAAACCUGUUGCAACCGAGGAAGAAGAAAAGAAAUGGCCAACAGGUAAGAGACGUCCACCAGUUGAGGAACCUAAGGAAGAAGUGGUGUUGAAACCGAUUCCUAAACCGACUAAAGAUGUCGAACCACAACCAGAGCAACAGAUCACAAUCAAACCUAAGCAUCCAGAACCAACACCAAAGGAGGAAAUUCCCGAAGUAACGCCUUGGCGUCGUGGAAAGAAGGAAAAGCCACCGGUCGAAGAGGAAGAGCCUAAAGAAUGGCCGAAAGGAAAACGAAGGCCACUGCCGGAAGCUCCUAAGGAAGAGGUGGUACUAAAACCAAUUCCUAAACCAUCGAAAGAAGAACCUCCCAAACCAGCCGAAGAACCAACGAUCGUUCUGCCUAAACCUACAGUUCAAGAGCCCGAGGAACCGAAACCGGCCCCAUGGCGUCGUGGAAAGAAGGAACUUCCCAAAGAAGAAACGCCCAAGGAAGAAAUAACACUCAAACCAAUCCCGAAACGCGAAGAGCCCGAGCAAACGGUGCAGGAAGAGAUCAUCCUGAAGCCAGUUCCAGCUCAACAAGCAUUGAUAGAGGAAAUCCCGGCACCGCAUGAAUUACAACCCGUCCGUGAUGUGAAGAUCGAGGAGACUGUAACCAAAAAGACGAAGCGCAUCAAAAAGCAAAUCAUUAAACCAAUGUUCCCCGAGUCGGGUAUUGCCGAGGUGGAAGAAUCGGUGACUUUCGAGGAACCCGAAGAACCGGCGCAGGUUGCAGAGACGAUCGUAGACAUUGUUGCGGAGGAGGUACUCGAUCUUAUCCCUGAUCUUGCACCACGCGAAACUGCUAAAAAGCGAAAGUCACGCAACAAAAAGCAUGUCGUCUUCAAGGAAGAGCUGAGCACGUUUGCAAUGGAACCAGAGGAGGAAGAGGAGCAAGAAGAGGAUGAAGCAGAGGAGGAGCAGGUGCAGGAGAUUUCGCGUUCCAGCAUAACGCUCACUCGUCCUGAUAGCAAACCGGCACCAGUGCCGGUAGAAGAACUCAAGAUGGAAGAACAGACCACCGAGUUCCGCAAAGAAAUGGAGGUGCGCGUGCAAUCCAACAUUGUCAAGAAGGAAAAGAAGCGUCGUGUCUUUAUCGACGACAGUCAACCGCUUCCUGAGCUGGAAAUCAUUACGCAGAAACGCGUCCAAGAAGUCACGGAUAAGAUCGCCGAAGAAAGCGUACGAGAGGAUCGUCAACUGAUCGAAACAACGCAACAACAAAUUUCCGAGACAAAGAUUCAGGAGCAAACAGUGAAGAUUAGCAAACCGAAGGUACAACCGCCAAACAUUGUGGAGAAGCUGCAGCCACAGAUCUGUGAGCCAGACAAACCGGUUCUGCUGCGAUGCCGCAUCGAGGGUGUUCCAUUCCCAACAGUGCAGUGGUACUUUAACGACACGGUACUGUUUGCCAGCUCCGAGUACAUCAUGAAUGUGGUGGAAGAUGUGGCCACACUGGAAAUUGCCACCGUGCAGCCUUACCACGUCGGUAUCUACACCUGCGAGGCGAAGAACGUCGCCGGAGUGGCUAUCAGCAAGGCAAACAUUGUCGUGCAGGAGAAGCCUGAGCACGGCGAGGCACCUCGGUUUGUAGUGCCGCUAAAGAUUGAGCUAAAUGAACAGAAAACGGUCGCAACUAUCACCUGUCAGGUGGCGGGCAUUCCCACUCCCAAGGUGCGCUGGUUGCGUGACGAGAUUGAGAUAAUCGAGGAGGAGGAAGAAGAGAUCGAAACAUACUACGAAGAACGCACCGGACAUGUGCGACUGACCGUCAAGCAUCCAAAGCAGAACGUACCGGUGGUUUUCACUGUCGUAGCAGAGAACAAGUUCGGCAAAGCAGUUGGCAAAGCGAACGUGUACAUUCAAUCGGUAGUGAUGGAGCGAGCCAAACCAUCCGCCGUUGCGCCACAGAUCGUGCAGCCGCUAGAAGCACAGGUGGUUCGUACCGGAAGUACGCUUGUUUUCGAGUGUCGGUUCACUGGUCAACCAAAGCCUACGGUGAAAUGGUUCCGCAACAGCAAGGAAAUCGUCGAGGAGGAAGAAGAAGUCAUCAUUACGACGGAAGAGUACUACAGCCGGCUGGAGAUUCGCCGUGUGACCCGCCAAAGAGGUGGCAAAUACGAGAUUACGGUCAUGAACGAAGCAGGACAGGCUAAAUCGUCCGCCUCGGUUGCCAUCUCGGACGCUACCGAUACGGAUGAGGCUAAGGCACCGCGCUUCAUCGAACCGCUGGUGCCGAAGCUGAUCGCCGAGGCCGAGGUGUGCAUACUGGAGGCGUCGGUCGAGAGUUACCCAACGUCUACGUUCCAGUGGUUCAAGGAGGGUGCUGCGAUCAAGUCGACCAACGAGCAGCGCAUCGUCACGAAGGAGAACCGUUCGAUACUGAUCAUCGAGUCGUUCACCCGCCGGGACACGGGUGCGUACACGUGCCGGGCGGAGAAUGUGGCCGGUUCGGUAACUUCCACUGCGACCGUCCAAACGCUGGACACCAUUGAAACCGAGGAGGUUACCGAAUACAUAUCACCGCGGUUUUUGGAAACAAUCAAACCGACGCGUGUUAUGGAUGGAGAGCGCUUAACGCUUGAGUGCCAGGUUGUGGCGAUGCCGCUGCCGAAGGUCCACUGGUACCACAAUGCGCAGCUGAUCCAGGAAACCAAGGACAAACAGGUACAGCAGGACUCUACCGGGCGCUGUGUGCUCUCGAUCAGCGAGGUAUUCCCGGAGGAUAAGGGUGAGUAUACGUGCGUGGCCACCAACAAGAUCGGCGAGGCCAUUUGCCGCGCCACAGUCAACGUGGAGCCUUUCGAGUACGUGCCAGACUCGGAGCAGUUCCGUAGCUCAGAAGAGGAUUUGUUGACGGAUAAGUCUAUUUCAACACUCGAAGAGUAUGCGGAACCGAUCGAGUAUGCGCCGCAGAUAGUGAAACAACUGCCCACGAUCAUACACUCGCAGGAGCGCGAGUUGACUAAGCUGGAGGUGAAAGUACUUGCCCAUCCGAAACCACAGAUACGUUGGCUAAAGGCCGGCGAGGAAAUCAUCCCAUCGGACGAGUUCCAGAUUGAAAACUUUGACGAUGGCACGUCGAUACUCAUCAUCAAUGACAUCUACCCGGACGAUUCUGGGGAGAUUACCUUCGAAGCGCACAACGCACUCGGCGUGGCCAUGACAACUACGGAGCUAGUUGUAGAAGAAAUUGUCGGAACCAAAGCGUAUCGCAAACCAGAAUGGGUACAGCACAUGGAGGAACUAAAGGAGGCACUGCAAGAAACACCCGAUCUCAGAGAAGACGCCCAUCAUAGCACCGGCAGCCAUACUGCGAUUGCCACCACAACCAUCACCACGAACAACACCACUGUCACGAAGAAAAAACACAAGAAACUUCGCUCCGACAAACGGCAGCAGCACAAACACGAAGACGAGACAGAGGUUGUCGACAGUGAAGAGUCAAUCGAGGAGCGCAGGCGCCUAACGCAGCAACGUCGCAGACAGCCCCUGCAUCCGCUGCGCCCUCUGCUGCCAAGCGAGGAACAGGUGCAGGAAGAGUUGGCCCCCGAUUUUCUUACCUCGCCCGUCCGCGAAGCGCACAGCCUCCCGCUGGAGGUGGCGACCGUGACGAGCGAGUCGACCGUGCUGAGUCAGGUAUCGAAUCUGGUCGAGCCUGACACGGCAGCCGGCACUAGUGCUACGGUCAAGGUCGUGCCGGAAACGGCCCUGGUAACUGAGGAGAUCUUUUUGUCCGAGCGUGAGUCCGACACGAUGCUGCCGGACAGUGCGCGCCUGGCAGCCAGUCCGCACUACAAGCUGUUCGGUGUGAAUGAGCCGGUUCAGGUUUCCGAGGUAAGUCCGCAGGAAAGCUCGUUUGAUCGAAGCCCGCAAACGAUGCCCCAGCAGGCGUCGGCUACAGCCGAUUUCGCACCCGUACAAUCGCUCAUCGUGAGCGAGUCCACAGCGCAGGACUCGACCGCUGUUUUGGAACAGGUGGUCGAAACUGUAGGCAGCGCCACCUUACAGCUGCUGACGCACGAUGCAACGAUCGUGCAGGAAACGGUGUUCUCACAGUCGGAGCGUGAGUUGUCGAUUUUGCAACGCCCAACACCUAGCCAUGCCCACACGAACGUACUAUCGAAGGAGUCGCUUCAGGUGACGGAAGUAAACCGCAUCGAAAAGGAAGAAACGUUUGACGGUCACAUGAAACUGCCCACCGUACAACCACACUACCAGAUACUACCGUCGGAAUCCAUUCAGACGGAAGAGACCAUCACUCAGGACGCACCGAGCCGUUACUAUCCUGAGCUGGUGGUUCCGACGGAAAGUGCCCGUCCAGCAAUCGUGGAACAGAAAUCGUACACGACGGAGGUUAUGAAUGCUCCGGAAAAGGAGGACACAUAUCAACCAGGACGUUUGCCUCCGCAGCAGUGGGCCGAUGUGGAGCUCCUGACCAAGGAACCAUUGUCCGUUACGGCACAACAGGUUGGAGAGUCUGAGGUGGAGUUUUCAGCAACACCAAAGAUAAGCUCCUACCAAGCCACUGGCUCUGUGACGAUGUUCGAAAACCAACUCACAACGCAACUGGUUAAUGAUAAUAUCACCGCCCAAGACUUCCAGGCUCAGCCGUUUGAGUCCAAACGAGCGAACGUAGAGUUCCUGGAGCGAACGUGUGUCUCGGUGUCGAAGGUACUAAGCAACGAAGCGGAAGCAUCGCUUGCACCGUUUGAAGUGACGGACAGUGCGAUGGCACAGACCACUCUUACGGCACUCAAACCCGUAAGCGAAUCGACGCUGCAAUUCAUCCACGAGAAGGAAACUCUCCAUCAAGGAGCUCCUCGGCCGAACGAAGCAAUUGCCGCGACACUGCUCGAACCUAUCGAAAAUCUUGCAAUCACCGAGGUGGAGACAGCUGAUACGGCUGGAAGAUUCUCACCGGAAGCCAUCGUCGACCGUUCCGAGCAGGCAUCGACCAGCUUUGUUCCAAUCCAAUCACACUCCGUUACGACAGUAGAUGCAAAUGAGAAGGAAGCUGACCUACUUGCUAAAGCUGCUGCACCUUCGGCAUAUGCCGAGCAGCAGCUUAACCUGCAGCACCAGCUAGAGGUUGUGCAGCAUGAAACUGCCGAACGGGAAUUUACCUUCCAACCGCACGCUAUGCCGCAAGAUCAAACACUAAAACCAACGCCAACCGAUAGUCUGAAGUCGGUGUUGGUGCAGGAAACGAUCGCCAAUGUAUCUGCGGCUGAGCUGCUCCAAACCACCCCAACGUCCCAGCUGGCACGUCUAGUUGGGGCCGGUGAACAUGAUGAAAAGAUUGUUUCCGAAAUCACCAUCUACGAAACGGUCCGGUCGCAGGAGGAAACAGUUCGACCGGAAGAGAAGACGGCCGAACUGCAACUGCCUAGUCUGGCCAGCGAGCUCAUUGUGACGGAGGUCGUUAGUGGUCAGAUGGCGAACGAAGAAUGUAAACUGCAGGAGCUGGCCAAGGAUCAAACGAUCAAGCCAAUCCCGACGCAUUCGCUCAAGACGGUACUGGUGGAGGAAACGGUUGCCAGUGAAGGAACAGACCGGCUGGACAUUCAGCAAACGCAAGAUAUCACGCAAGCCUACGUCAAAGGUGAUGAGCUGGAGGAAACGAUCGUAUCUGAGGCCAUGAUACUGGAGGGCACACAACAGUACACCGUGCCUGAUGCUCCUGCCCAAAAAUCGGCCACCGCGAACGUUGAACGCCCUGUUGAAGGUUUAACCGUGACGGAGAUAGUUUCGGAGCAGCGGGAACAGGAAGAAAUCAUACAACCUCUCAAAGAUCGCUCCGCAAAGCCGGUCCCGACGGAAGCGCUCAAGUCAGUGCUCAUCGAAGAAGUGCAACUGUCUAGCCACACUGAAACACUGGCAGCUGAUGAAACGCACGCUUCUGAAGCAAUCGUUAAGAUUGGAGACGCACUUGAGCAGACGACCGUACAGGAGAUGGUUAUCCUGGAAGAUGUAAACAAUCUUAAAGAGGACAGUAAACCUGAGCAGAAACAAGCCGAAACACUGUUACAACCUAGCACCGAACUUACCAUCACCGAAGUCGUCGCCGAGGAUCGCGAACGAGAAGGUUUCGAUGUGGCCGAAAUUGCCAAAGACCAUACGGCUCGUUCUGUACCGACGCACACGCUCAAAUCCGUACAGGUGGAGACAACAGAAGCGGUCGACUCGGUCACCAGCAUCGUGGCUCCUGCCGUUGCCGAAUCACUUGCCACCAUGCAGCGUGACCAGCUGGAAGAGAAGAUUGUAAGUGAGCAACUUGUGCUGGAAGCGGUGAAUCAGUAUGAACGAGAAAAUGUCGCCAUGCGUCAGGCCGUCCCAGCGCUGGAACCGAACAGUGAGCUGACGGUAACGGAAGUGAUGGUUGAGCAGAAGGAACAAGAAAAAGUAGACGAGCUGGCAGUGAAAGAUGCACACGCUCAGUCCCUACCGACGCAUAUGCUCAAAUCGGUUACAGUGGAGCAGGUAGAAGCUUCGGAAAGCCUUACCAGGAUAGAACAAACGGUACCGGUUGAAACGCUGGCCAGUGUUCGUAGCGAUCAGCUCGAACAAACAAUGGUCUCUGAAAUGAUCGCUUACGAAGCCACCACUGGAAUGGUUGAGGAGGUUAAACCGACCGAAAAGUUGGCUGAUUUAACAGUGAUUCCCAUCAACGAGCUACUCGUCAGUGAAACCGUUGCCGAGCAGAAGGAAAGAGAAGGAUUCAAUGUCGCAGAGAUCGCUCAGGAUUAUGUUGCCAAACAGGUACCGACGCAUUCGCUCAAAUCGGUCCAAGUAGAGGAAACGAUUGCGAGUGAAGACGCAUCUCAGCUUAGCCAAGCAUUGGCCAGCGAGACGAAAGCAACGACCCAGAAUGACGAGCUAGAACAAACGACCGUUUCCGAAACGUUUGUCUUCGAAGAGACGCCAGCACUCGAAGCUACUUCCAAACCGACUCCCAAAUCAGCAGAAUCGCUUUACGAGCCACAGAUUGGCGUAAUUGUUACAGAGAUCAACGUCGGACAGAAGGAGCGCGAUGGCUUCAGUGUAGCGGAGCUCGCACAAGACCACACGGCCACAGCUGUUGCUGGUCAUGCAUUAAAGACAGUAACGAUUGAAGAAAUCACCGCAUCCGACACGAUUGAUCAGCUUAAAUCUCCCCAGCAGCUGCUCAGCUCGGCUUCGGUGCGCAGCGAACAGUUCGAACAAACCACCGUCCAGGAGAUGACUGUGUACGAAGGCUCACAGCAGCUGCCGGUGGAUGAGAUGCCGGCAGCCAAGUCAGCCGAUCGGUCCUUCAUCCCCAACGCGGAACUGAUCGUGACCGAGAUCGUAAGCGAACAGAAAGAACGCGAAGGUUACAAUAUAGCUGAACUGGCGCGCGAUCACACAGCCACUACAACCAUGACCUCACACUCGCUCAGAUCGAUUACGAUCCAAGAGACACUUCCCGAGGAAUGCGUUGACAAGCUUCGGGAUGAUGAGACAGCAGAAGCUACCUCUGCCGCCGUCACGGACGACAAGUUAGAGGAGACGAUUGUGCGUGAAGCACUCGUUCUGGAGACGAUCGAUAACUACACGAUGGAGUUUACGCCAUCGGAAAAGCAAGCACUACCAAACAUCACUCCCAUGACGGAGCUGCACGUGACGGAAGUAAUCGUGGAGCAGAAGGAAAAGGACGGCUACUCGGUACAGGAUAUCGCACAAGAGCAUGUCGUAAAGAUGCUUCCCUCGCAUACGCUCAAAUCGGUCAUCGUGGAGGAGGUGCAGACAUCGGACGUGGUGGGUGACGUGGAGCAGCUACGGUCCAUCCCACUCACGGCAAGCGUUCGCAAGGAGCAGCUUGAAUCACAAACCGUCACUGAGCAGCUCAUUCUCGAAGGUCUCGAGAAGCUGGAUGAACAGCAAAAACCGACACACAAAUCAGCCACCACCAAUAUUGAAGCCAUCAGUGAGCUACUCGUGACGGAGGUCAUUACGGAGCAGAAAGAGCAAGAAGGAUACGAUGUGCAGCAGAUAGCAAGCAACUACAACGCUAAAGAGGUUCCGUCGCACACGUUGCGGUCAGUACAGAUAGAGGAAACACUUCCAAUGGACGAUGUCAAGCAAUUCGUGAAUACACCACACACCUCCCAUGCCAAACCGCUGACGGACGAGAUCGAGGAACGAGUCAUUGCCGAAACGGUUGUGCUGGAAAACGUUGCUAACCUAGAACAAGUGUCCCAGCCGGAGUCAAAGCACGCGGAAAAGGUGUUGUCGAGUCAGACGGAACUUCACGUAACGGAGGUGGUUGUGGAGCAGAAGGAGAAGGAAGGAUACAGCGUGUCCGAUUUGAUAGUACAGCAGUCGGCGAAAACGGUCCCUACCGAGCCACUGAAAUCGAUCACCGUGGAGGAAGUGAUUCUGUCCAGUGGAACAGAAAACAUUGAAGCUAAGGAAACAGCCUCCUCCACACUUGCCUCCGUACGUAGUGACGAACAUCAGGAAACGACCAUUUCCGAACAGGUCGUGUACGAAGCAACGGAUCGUUUCGAACAACAAACUGUCCCGGAAGGAAAAACCGCAUCCUCCUCGAUGCAACCUCGCGAAGAGCUAGUUGUUACGGAGGUUGUAUGCGAACAGAAGGAAUCGGAAAGGUUUGAUGUGCAGCAAAUUGCCAGCGGCUACUCCGCACAGGUUGUUCCAUCGCAGAUACUCAAGUCAGUGGCGGUGGAACAGGUUCAAACAGUUGAAAUGCACGGUGUGAUGAAGGAGGAAUUAACUGUUGCCAGCGAGAACCGUGCGUUGGUUAACGAAUCUGAACACGAACAAAAAACCAUACAAGAAACCAUGGUGUACGAGAUGCUGUCUGAGAAACCGACCGAUCAAACACCCGAGCAAAAGCUCGCCAACAUUGGCGUUCAGCCGGUGCAGGAACUCAUCGUAACGGAGGUGAUUGCCGAGCAUAAAGAAAGGGAGGGCUUCGAUGUGCAUGAAAUUGCGAAGGACUACACAGCUCACCCAACUACAGCCGGUUUGCAUAAAUCGAUCGCAAUUCAAGAGGUGCACUCUUCGGACGCUCUGGAAGAGCUCGACGCAGCUGUAGCUACUGCCACGGCGACUCCCCAAACGGACAACCUGCAGGAAACGGUCGAGUCGGAAACGACAGUGCUCGAAGCCAUCACCAAUCUGGUGCCUGACGAUCAUCCUGCAGGGAAAACGGCCGCCACUGCUGUGCUGCCAAACGUAGAGCUGCAGGUGUUGGAAGUUGUGGUUGAGCAGCGCGAAAAGGAAGGUUUCGAUGUGAAAUCGAUUACUAAAGAUUUCCACGCACAAGCCCUUGCAGAAGCAGAACCGAUGAAAUCUUUCAUUGUAGAAGAAGUUCAGGUGAGCCAAGAUGCAACGGAGCUGCCUUCCAGUCCUGCUCAAAAGCAAGCGGCAACUUCUACCAAAGAUCAGUACGAACAGACGAUCGUAAGCGAAACAGUCGUGUACGAGGAUCUAGCACAACAGCAAGAGCGUCUAACGCCGGAAGAGCAUCGAGCAACGGCGAGCCUGGAUGCCGUAACAGGAGUUACCAUCAUCGAAGUUAUCACCGAACAAAAGGCAAAGGAAGGUGUUGAGAUAACAGAGAUCGAUAGUCAAAAGGCGAAACUGGUACCGAGUGAUGCUCUCAAAUCGCUUACAGUGGAGCAAGUGGACACACUGCAGAGUGUGGUGGAUGCACCGCAAGGACAAGUACCCAAGACGAAGGCACUUGUCAAGUCCGAUACCAUCGACGAAACGACGGUAAUCGAAACGAUGGUGUUUGAAAACACGUCCGAAUACAAGCAACAGCUCGAACUAACGCAACAAACGGCGAAGACACUCGCGGAUGAAGACACCAAGAAAUCACUUCUGGUGCAGGAGGUAUUGACGUUGCAAGAGUCAAAGACGCUACCAGCCGACGGCACCAAGCCGGUUGAAGCUAGCUUUACGCCCGACCAAUUGCUACAGACUACGGUGGAGCAGACGACCGUGUACGAGGGAACGGAACAGUUUUCGUCCACGCUAACGAUGGACAAAAAGUAUCCCACGUUCGACAUGCAAGGGCUUGAGCUACCACUUCAAAGUACGGUGGAUGUAUCAGAUGCUGUGAGUGAAUUGACACCGCAUCGCGAGCCCACAACUAGUGUUAAGCCUAGUCUUACAGAACAGCUUCCUGCGGCUUCCACCACGGAAACCGUGAGCCAGGACUCGUACGAUAAACUGUCCACACCGAAAGAAACCACCACGCAACAGGCACAGCGCACGGUAUCGAAUUUGUUCGUUUCGACCACGACCGAAACAGUGCUAGGGGAAGGGCUAGAUAGGGCCGAUUUCAGUCUGCGGUCAGAAACCCAAACGGCGUCGAUGAAGUUUACCGAUAUGACGGUUGUACCCCUGCAAUCUGAACUACUCACAUCCGACACGGCACAGCUACUUGAAGAGACCGUACAGCCACAUGCCGAAACGCACGAACACACAUCUCCUGAAUACAUCACUACAUUUGAAACAUGUACAGACAACAACCAGACAUUCAUAAAGUCCAAAAACACAAAGAUCAUUAAGGAACAUGGGGCAGUAAUCGAAGAAACAUUCGAUGAUACCAUUACUCACACUAUUCCUCAAAUGCCAUCGGAAGUUCUGAUAGAAGAGAUUGAAGAUGCCGAAACGCACGAACACACAUCUCCUGAAUACAUCACUACAUUUGAAACAUGUACAGACAACAACCAGACAUUCAUAAAGUCCAAAAACACAAAGAUCAUUAAGGAACAUGGGGCAGUAAUCGAAGAAACAUUCGAUGAUACUAUUACUCACACUAUUCCUCAAAUGCCAUCGGAAGUUCUGAUAGAAGAGAUUGAAGAAUCUGCACCACUACUCCAAAUCACACAACUCGAAGAAACACCUCAAAUCGUACAGGAAGUCGCCACAAAACAUAAACCCAAGAAGAAACAAACACAAACACAAGCAAACGAACAAACUGAGACUGUAACAGUUGAGCAAGUUCAACUGAUUCCAGGAGAAACAGAACAUACGGCCGAGAUGCGUACUGUAGUCACAAAGAGGGCUAAAUCGAAAAAGUCUAAGGUUACUGUUAUACAAGGGGUCACUGAAACUGUUGUUGUCGAAGAUGAAGACGAAGUUCCGCUUGAAACUCAACCGGCUCCUGCUCAUGAACAAGCCGUAAUUAUUUCUGAGCUUCCUGAGAAAAUAUCCGUGCAAGAAGUGAUCACUGCCACUGGAGAAGCCAAAAAGCAGAUCACAAAAAAGAAAACCAUCAAGAAACGUGUCGGGCAAAAGGAGGAGCAUAUCGAGGUAGUCACUGUUCAACAAGACGACAUGGCUCCGGAAACCACCAUCACUGUAACCGAGGAAGAAACUCCCGAGCUCAAACCAGUUGAUGACAAGCCUAAGCCCAAGAAGAAGAAGGUCAAGACCAUCAAGACUACUGACGACUCUGACGAUAUCAUUGAGCGUCUUCUCAACCUGGAAGUGCACAAAACUGAGCUUGAACAGUACGAGAAGAUCGAUGUCGAUAUGCCGAAGCGCUUGCGACCGGUUGAGGAAACAACGAUCGAAGAGCAUCCAGAAGUCGUAGAAGAAGUCAGAUCUGACACCGGUGUAGUCAAGAAGAAGGUCGUUAAGAAGAAGAUCAUCAAGAAGCGUGUUGGGCCCAAGGAAGAGGUCACUGAGGAAGUUACCGUAGAGGAAGAUGGAAAACAGCCUGAGACAACUGUCACAGUAACCGAGCAUGAGGUUCCAUAUGAAGUUACAGAGCCUUUCGAGGAGGAGCGCAAGCCUCUCGAAGCUGUUGUGGAUGAGUAUCCAGAGCCAAUGCAGACAACGCUUAAGACGAAGACUACCAAGAUCGUCAAGAAGAAGGUCAAGAAGAUCAAGCAAGGCGAGCCCAGCUCCGAAGAAGUUCCUCAGGAAGAGGUGGACGAGUUGGUCCUCGAACAGACUCCCAUGGAGCAACCAGUUAUUGAGGAGCUCCCAGAGCAUGUUGAGGUCGUUGAGACCAUCACUAAGGAAGGAAAGCCCAAGAAGCACGUCACCAAAACCAAGGUCAUCAAGAAGAAGACGGCCGGAAAGGUCGAGGAGGUCAAGAUUGUGACUGUGCAAGAAGACGAUCAAGUACCCGAGACCACGGUCACCAUGACUGAGGAAGAGACUGCUCCUGAAACAGUUCCUACCGGGUCUGAGGAGACUCCGUCGGUGGAAGUCAUCAAACCAAAGAAAAAGAAGAUCAAAACCAUCAAGAAGACGGGCGAUGACACCGACGACAUUAUUCAAAGGCUUUUGAAUCUAGAAGUGAAAAAGACCGAACUAGAGCAAUAUGAAAAGAUUGAUGUGGAGUUCAAGAGUAAGACAAAGCACACGGAAGAACACGUGAUUGAAGAUCAGCCAGAGUUUGCCGAAGUCUCGGAUGUACCUGUGCAGCGUGCAGUGAAGAAGAUUACCAAAACUAAAACCAUCAAACCCAAGCCAGCACUGGACGAUGAGCAAAAACCUUCCAUUGAAAUAGUCGAUGAAGAACAUGUACCAGAGCUUCCAGAAUCUAUCCAAGAACAGGAGGAAGCAUAUGAGCAAGCAGAAGAAUACGCGUACGAAAUGCCUCAAGAACAAAUUCCAGUUGUUGAGGAGCUUCCUGAAGAAAUCACGGUUAAUGAAGUGGUUACACUUAGUGGCAAGAUCAAAAAGCAAACUACUAAGAAACGUACUGUAAAGAAAACCAUUGGCGACAAGCAAGAGCUAGUCGAAGUAGUGACGGUUGAAGAGGAAGGCCAACAGCCCGAAACAACCAUAACUAUCACAGAAUCGGAAGAACAGCCAGAACUGCCAGCUACCAUUGAACAAAUGGAAGUUGAGUCACCCAUUAAACCGAAAGAGCCUCGAAAGCUGAAAAAGAAGAAAGUUAAGUCGAUAAAGACUACGGACGAUGUGGAUGAUAUUAUCGAACGAUUGCUUAAUCUCGAGGUGAAGAAGACCGAACUGGAACGUUACGAACGCGUUGAAGUAGAGCUCAAGAAACGCCACAAAACGCUAGUGGAAGAAACCCUGCACAUGCCUGUAGCAGAGAUGGCUGUGCUGGAGGUGAUGGAGCUUCCCAAACCAGAAACUGUUCGCAAAACUUCCAUCACCACAGUUCCACAAGAACCGGAACAAGCUAAGAAGGUUGUUAAGAAAAAGAAACCUACAUCUUUACCAGAAGCACAAGUUACAGAGGAACCAGUUUCGAUCCCUAGUGUAGCUCUGGAAGAAACCAUUGCUUCAGAAGAAACUACCGUAUUAGACGAUAGUCUAAACGAAGAGCCAACAACGCCAAGUACGGCGAUUAUUAAAAAGAAAGUCACUAGAAAAUCUGUGCGCAAAGAACAACCCAUAGCAGCUGAAGAUGUGCCAUCUGAGCAACCUUCCGAGAAAGCAGAGGUACCAGAAACGGUUGAGAUGUUUGAAAGUGAUCUAACAGAAGUUGAUGUAGCUCGCGAAAUUUCAAUAGCAGUACCACAGCCACAGGAAGCUUGCGUUGAAGAGUACGACGAUUCAUUCUUAACAUACGAAGAGAAAUCGCUCAAGAAAUUACAAGAAGAAAAGCUCAAACCGACUACAGAGGCGCAAGCCGAACCCAAGAAGGUUGAAAAGAAGGUUAAGAAAAAACCCAAGAAGGACAAGCCGUCUGAAGAAGACGAACAGCUUCAGCGCUUAUUGAACUUGGAGAUUGAAAAAACGCAACUCGAGCAGUACGAGAAGGUUGAGCUCGAAAGCAAACCCAAGCCAGAAAAAAUGAAACCAGUAUUGGUGCCUCAAAAAAUUGAGCGCAAAGAACAAAAAGCUCAAAAGAUGCUUAUCUCAGAGCCAGAAGAACAGCCACAAAUGGUACGGCUUCGAAAGGUAAAGGUGCCGGAACGCAAGGAAAUAGAGGAAGUAGUCGUUCCCAAGGUACUGCUCAAGAGUCGCAUGAUCGCGGUGGAAUAUCCGCCAGAAGCGUUGAAACCGGUCAUUACCGAUCUGACACCCGUGAGAGCAAUUGGCGAGCUGUCGAGAAUUGAGGAGGAAGAAUCUGCUGAGAAGCUGAAAAAGAUUAAGAAGAUCAAAACUAGCAAGAGCAAGAAGCUGGAAUUGGAAACGCCAGAAACGAUGGACUAUGAGGACGAAAAGCCAGAAAAGGAAGAGUUCGACCAGGAAGCUCACAGGUAUCAGCGUAAACCUAAAGAAAUCUCGGGCGAAAAACCGGAAGAGAAAACGCUCAAGCUAGGCAAGGGUAAGCUAAAGAAGGAUGAAGACGACAUUGAGCAGGUGAAGCUGAAGAAAACGCCCAAAAAGCCCAAAGAGGAAGAGCCGGAAGAGCAAAAGACCGUGACGAAGCCAAAGCAAAAACCAACAGAAGUCGAAACAGACGACAAGCAACGUCAUGUCGAAAAGCCCGUCUAUAAACCCACUGACAUACCAGACUAUACGGUUGAUAUGGAGGAAUAUAAGGCUCCAGAACCAAUUCCAGACGAACCGGAAGAGGAAGCAAAGAAAAAGCCAAAGCCCAAGAGGAAACCGAAAACACCGGACGAGAAGGAAGAGGAACCGAAACCGUUGGUAAUGGGUAAGGGUAAGCCUAAACCUGAAGAGCCGGAGGAAGAUGUCAAGUUCAGAAUUCCUGUUGGUAAGAAAGAGGAUGAGGAGCCAACCGAGAUCAAGUUGAAACCGUUCAAAAAGCCUGCUUCCAAAGAUGAAGAGCCAGCUAAAGAUGCUGAUAGAGAAAUGGCUCUCCCGGCUAGUACUGAAAAGCCUCAGGAACCAGAAGAGGAAACUACUUCACCGCAAAAGGUCAAAAAGAUCAUAAAGAAAACUAAACCAAAACAGAAACCAGACGCACAGGAACAGCUGGACGAACCGGCCGAAGAGGAAAUGCCCCAAUCGGUGCCAGACAUUGUCGAAGACGUUCCUGACAUUGUUCAUGCUGUAGUGCCGAAAACUAUCACCGAUGAGGAGUUCCAAAAGCCGGAAGAACUAGAUCUUACCCCACAGCCGCAGUUUGAUUUCGUAAUAGAGCAGCUGCCCGAGGAGGUUAAGGUGACGCAGGUCAAAACGGAAGCCGGCACAGUUGAGCAGCAAACAGUGAAGAAGCGCAUCAUCAAAAAGAAGAAAGACGACAAGGAAGAACUCAUUGAGAUAGUGACCGUGCAGAAGGGCGACGAGCUUCCCGAGGCAACAGUAACAGUUACACAAGUGACCCCGGACGACAGUACUACCACUGCAGCGCAGCCGGAAAGUGCUGCGAAGCGCAAGGUACGCAUCAAGAAAACAGUCAAACCGAACACGCUAGAAGCGGACAUUGAGCGACUCCUGAAUCAGGAAAUUUCCAAAACAGAGCUCGAGGUCUACGAGAAGACAGACUUUGAGCCGGCAAAGCGCGUCAAAGAGCAGUCGGUUGAAGCGGUUGCUCCCGAAACAGCCGUACUGGAAGAGCCUACUCCUACCGCACCGCAGCAGGUGAAGGUUAAGUCGAAGGCCUCCAAGAAACAACACCCAGUCACCCCAUUACAAGCCAUACCACUCGAACCAGCCAUUGGACACGAAGCUACCCAACAGACACUCGAUACCACCACACACACAGUCGAAGACAGGCGGCCAAUCAGUGCGGAUACCGUAGAUUUGCAGGAGGACACAUUCGAGACGAAUGAAUUCGUUGAGACCGGUCCGUUGCAGGAUGUUGUGCAGCCGGUCGAUGUACCGGAAGCCGCGCUGGAGAAGCCGGAGGUAUCGCUGAAGCCUCAGGUGGCAGCCGCUCCGGUCGAGGAGGUGUUGGACGUGGCGGUGGAACAGACGGACGCUGUGGCAGCCGAGCUUCCACAGGAAGAGCAGGCGGCCGCGUCCGAAAUUCCAUCCGCCGUUACCGAAACACCAAUCGUGAGUAAACCCAUUCUUGAAGCAGCUCCAAUCGAAGCCGUUCUUGAGCAGCAGGUUGAGGAGACGGGUACGGCCGACGCACUAAAGCUGGAAGGAGAGCAGCUCGCACCGGUCGAGGUGCCCGAUGACGCCACCGAGAAGCCGCUGGUGCAGGCCAAACCAACGCUCGAGGCUGCCCCGAUGGAAGAGCUGCUCGAGCAGCAGGUCGAGGAAACGGACAAUGUGCCUUCGCUGGCGCUCGAUACCGUGCAGGUAGCGCCGAGCGAUGUGUCGGAGCACGCAACCGAAAAGCCUACGGUACAGGACAAGCCCCUGCUGGAGGCCGCCCCUGUGGACGAUCAGUUCGAUGUGUCCAUCGAGGAAGCGGACACGGUUGCUUCGCUCACUCUGAACGAGGAGCAUCUGACGCCAGUCGAUGUGACGAUCGGAGCAACCGAAGUGCCGGCAGUGCAAGGCAAACCGACGGUUGCUGCAGCCCCAGCCGAAACCGUUCUAGAGCAAGCGGUGGAAGAGGCUGCAGCCGUGCAGGAGCCUGUGCUGGAGACGGAGUCGCUUGUGCCGGUGGAAGAGCAGCGGGCAGAGCCGACGGAAGAGGCGCUGGUACAGCCGGCCGCUACCGUCGAAACUGCUCCGGCCGAAGCGCCCAAGAAGGUGGUGAAGAAGGUGGUGAAGGUAACGAAGAAGUCCAAGAAGUCCAUCGACGAUGACGAGGAGCUGCAGCGCCUGCUCAACCUGGAGAUCGAGAAAACGCAGCUGGAACAGUACGAGAAGAUCGACGUCGACGGCAAGCCGAAGGUUAAGCCGGAGAAGGGUGAGAUUGUUAAGCUAGAGCCUAUUAAGAUCGAACGUAAGGAACAGAAACCGAUUCAGCCAGAAAUCACUGACACACAAGAACCACAAACAGUUAAACUGCGCAAAACCGUCAUACCAGAGAAGCGGGAGGUGGAAGAGGCAGCCGUACCAAAGGUACUGCUGAAGAGCCGCAUCGAGCGGGUGGAGCUCGCCGUCGAAGGGCAGCAGCCCGAGAUCGUGCAGCUGGACACCCGGCCGGGACAGGGAGUGUUGUCGCGCAUCGAGGAAGACGAGGUGGAGCGUACGAAGAAGGUGAUCAAGAAGGUAAAGGUGAUCAAGAAGGAAAAGCCCGAGCUGGAAACGCUGGACAUUGAGCGGUACGAGAAGGAACCGAAGGAAGACGAGCCGAAGGACGAACAAAAGCCACAGUACCAGCGGCAGCAAAAGGAAGCUCCGAAGGAUGAACCGGAAGAGCGCACGCUGCAGCUGGGCAAGGGUAAGUUAAAGACGGACGAGGAGCAUCACGAGGAGGUGAAGCUGAAGAAAACGCCCACCAAACCAAAGGAAGAAACGGUCGAGGAAGUGAAGCCAAAGAAAAAGGUCGAAGAAAAGCCAAAGGAAGAGGAGCUGGACAGCAAGAAGCGCAGCGUGGAAAAGCCAAAGUUCACACCGACCGAUAUUCCGGACUAUGAGACGCCUCUCGAGCCGUACGUGAAGCCGGAACCAGAACCGGAGGAAAAACCGGUACAGGAACCGGAGAAACCAAAGGUACCGAAGGAGCCGAAGGUGCCCGAGGUUCCCGAGGAACCCGAGCACAAGAUCGUUCUAGGUAAGGGCAAGAAGCCGGAACCGGAACCUGAGGAUGAGUUCAAGUUCCGCAAACCGGUACCAACGAAGCCGGAGGAAGAAAAGGAUGAGAUUAAGCUGAAACCAUUCACAAAGCCAACGCCCGACACAGAACCGAAAGAGCGUGAAGCAGACCGUGAUAUGGCGCUUCCAGUUCCAAAGGAUGUGCCCGAUAGUGCAGAACCGGACGCAGCUAAGAAGAAGGUAAUCAAGAAGGUUAUCAAAAAGCCGAAAGCACCGGCCGAGGAAGAACCUAAACUAGAGGAGCCAGUCACGGUGCCCGAAGCACCGGUUCCGAUUGAAGUACCUGCUCCAGUGGUUGAAGAGGUGGUGCCUGUACCUGUUGAGGAGGUCAAGAAACCCAAGGAAGUGCAGGUGGACCAGCCCAAGGAGCUGGUACUUCCACAACCGGCCGAAGAAAAAACAGAAUCUCUCCCCGUUCCACAAGUCCCAGAAGAGAAACCAAUCGAAACUGUACAAGAACCUGCGCCGGAGGUGAAGGAAGAAGCCCCGGUAGAGGUACUGGAACAGAAGGAGAAGAUCGUAAAGAAAAAGGUUGUGAAAAAACCAAAGAAAAAACCGGAAGAAGAUGCCGAACUGGAACGCUUGCUAAAUCUGGAGAUCGAGAAAACGGAACUGGAGACGUACGAAAAGGUUGAUCUUGAACCGAAACCCAAAGAAACACCGGCCCCGAAACCGGCCGAAGUGCCUGCAAAGGUUGAAGAACCGGUUGUUGAAAAGCCAGCCGUGGUGGAGCCAGUCGUGUCCAAGGCACAGAUGGUCGAGGAAGUACUUGUGCCCGAGGAAGCACCCACUAUUGCACCGGUUGAGCCGGCGAAGCCAACCGAACCGGUAACGAAACAAGUUCCGGAGGAAGUGGUAACUGCCGUGCAGGAACCGGCGGUCGUUGUGAAGACCGACGAACCAAAGCCCGUUCCGGUUGAGCCAAAGCCGGUUGAACAGCCGGUUGAGCCAGAAAAGGUGGAAGAGAAGAAACCGGUAAUCAAGAAGAAGGUUAUAAAGAAACCCAAGAAGGCUUCUAUUGAAGAUGACGAACAGUUGCAGCGUCUGCUAAAUCUGGAAAUUGAAAAGACGGAGCUGGAACAGUACGAAAAGGUCGAUGUAGACAUCAAGAAGCCACAGAAGACGGUCGAAACGGUUGAGGUGCCGCGUACGGCACAGGUGGCCGAAGUGGAGGAGCCAGAACUGGUCGAGGUAACACUGAAGCCGAAGAAGACGGUCAAGAAACCGACCGAACCGGAACCGGUGGAGGCAGAAUUUAAGAUCACCAAAAAGCCACGUCUACCGGAAGCCCCACAAGAGGUGGAGGAGCAGAUCACGCUGAAACCGACACCGCAGAAAGCGGAAGAAACGGUUACCGUUGAGCGUAUCAUUAAGAUCGAGGUAGAGCAGCCGGAACCGGUCGAACCGCCGACCAUUGAGGAGGUGGAAGCCGAUGAACCACAGCCCGUGGAGGAUGUGGAAACGGUUGAGCCGGUGGUUGAAGAGCCGGUAGAAACGGUGGCUCCCGAGGAAGAGGUUGUCCCCGUGCAGCCCUUGAUCGAGGAGGUGCACGAUGUGCAACCGAUCAUCGAGGAUGCCGUGAUUGAGGCACCAUCCGAGGAGGCUCCAACCGUGGUCGAAUCGGUCCCGAUACAGCCCAUCGUGGAAGAACCGCAGCCAGUAACGCCUCUGCGCAAGGUGUCGCUCAAACCGGUCGAACCGAAGCCAGAAGCGCCGGCGGAGAAGAAGCCGGCCGAAAAGCCCAAGAAAAAGGUGGUGGUUGUGAAGAAGAAGAAGGCAAGCAUCGACGAUGAUGCGGAGCUGCAGCGGUUGCUGAAUUUGGAAAUCGAGAAGACCGAGCUGGAACAGUACGAGCGCGUCGAUGUGGAUCUGCGCAAGCGGGAGAAGAUGACGAUCGACGACCAACCGCAACCACAGCGAGCUGUGGAAUCGACGAUUGAGCCGGAAGAGAGCGCACAGGUGAAGCUGCCACGCAAGAAGAGCAAACCGAAGGUAGAGGCUAUUGAAGAGACGGAGGUUGAGUUUAAGAUCAAGCCUAAGAAACAACCGCAGGUGGAGGAAACGGUCCAGGAAGCGACGGUGUCGCUGAAGAAACCGAAGAAGCCAGCACCGGUGAUCGAGGAGACGGCAACGGAGGAGGUGGUUGUGUUGAAACCGUCCGUACCGAAACCGGAAGAGGUGGAAGAUGUGGAGGAGUCGAUCCAGCUGAAGCCCAAACCAGCACCGUACACGACCGAUGAAGCGGAAGCUUCGCUCAAGAUCGUCCGAGAAGAGGAACAACCGGCCGAACCGGAGCCUGUGAAGGUGGAAGAGAAGAAGCCCAAGAAGAAGGUUGUUCCGAAGAAGAAGAAGGACGACGAUAUUGAUGAGAUCACGAAGAAGCUGCUCGAGAUGGAUGUUCCGAAGACGGAGCUGGAGAAGUACGAAAAGAUCGAUCUCGACGUUGUGAAACCACCGAAGGAGACGGUCGACGAGGUGACGAUGGUCAAGCGCAAACCAAAGGUGAAACCAUCGGUCGAGGAAGAGGAAGAGGUUGAGACGAAGCUUUCUCUGCCCAAGAAGAAACCAUCCAUUACGGAACCGGAAGAGGCAGAGGCUACGUUUAAGGUAGCACGAAAGCCCUCGGUACCGCAGCAAGCCGAAGAUGUUGAAGCAUCGCUUACGAUCACCAAGGAGGAGGAAGUGCCGGCAGAGGAAGAGAUCACCGAGCACGUUGUGGUGCGCAAACAGCGCCCCCGUCCCAAGCCCGCCUUCCGGCGCGAAGUCCUGGACGAGGAGGAGGUGCGCAUCAAGAAGAUCAAAAAGGUACGCCAACCGCGGCCCGUCUUCAAGGACAUCGAGCCCGAAAACGUUACGUUCCGGCCGAAGCGCACCAAGCACAUCGAAGACAUCGAGCAGGAGUUCAAGAUACAGCUCGAUUCGUACGCGCGCGAAGAAAUCUCCAUGUCCGGCCGGGUGAAGCUGCCGGCACCGUACAGCUACGGCGAGGAAACGGGCGAAGCGCACAUCACCAUCAUCAAGCAGGUGGACGAGGACGAUGAGGUGGUGUACGAGGUCAUCUACGAUGAUAGUGAGCAGGACGCGGAGGAAGAGUACCGGUACGAGGACGAAGACACCGAGAACGUGGUGAUCGAGCUGCGCAGACGGCGCGAAAAGCUCGAGAACCUGAUCAUGCACCACGAGGAGGAAAUCUCACUCGAUCUGACGCAGCGUAACAGAUCACAGUUCACCACCACCACACACGAAGAAGAAUCAUUCACACUGAAACAGCCCAAGAAAGUCCUACCAACAUACUCUGAAGAAACGGCAUCGCUGAAAAUUAUCCGUGAGGAAGAUGCAAACGAUAUGUACUGCAUUCAGGCUGUUGAGGCAGAGAAUGAGGAAGCACUGCACAUCGUGGAAGGAGAGAAGGUCUAUGUUAUUGAGCAUAGCAACUCGGAAUGGUGGUACGUGAAGCGAUCCUGGUGCGAAGAGCGCGGUUUCGUGCGUCGCGAGUACCUGAUGGACGCCGUCACCUAUCCGCAGUACGUGCAGAAGACGCUGAACGAAAAGAUCGACAAACUGCCGGUGUUUGAGAAGCCGGGCCCGGGUGAGAAGCCGCUCGCACCGAAGAUCAUCGAGAAGCUGCAGCCGAUCACGACGCAGGAUGGCUACACGGUGCAGUUCGAGUGCAAGGUGGAAGGAUUCCCGCGACCGUCGAUCACCUGGUUCCGCCAGACGGCCGUCAUUAAACCGUCGCAGGACUUCCAGAUCUACUACGAUGACGACAACGUUGCCACGCUGAUCAUUCGCGAGGUGUUCCCGGAGGAUGCGGGCACGUUCACGUGUGUCGCUAAAAACAUUGCCGGAUUCGCUUCGAGCGCUACCGAGCUGGUUGUUGAUUCGUACAGCUCGGACCAUGGUUCGGACGUUGCCACGCUGUCGCGCAAAAGCAUGUCGCGCGAGUCAUCGCUGGCCGACAUCCUGGAAGGCAUCCCGCCCACGUUCUCGCGCAAACCGAAGGCGCAGUACGUGGACGCGGGAUCGGAUGUGCUGCUCGAGUGCCGUCUCGUGGCCGUGCCCGAGCCGGACAUUCUCUGGUACUACAACGGGGUGGAGAUCGAGAGCAAGGACAACGUGCAGGUCGUGGUGGAGUCGGACAUGCACAUGUACUGCACCGUGGUGCACAUCAAGGGCAUCGACAAGCUGCAGGAGGGCUCGUACCAGGUGGUCGCCCGCAAUCGGGAAGGUGAAUCGUCGCUCGACAUCAUGGUGAAGGUGAAGACAGGCGUGCAGGAACCGCCCCAGAUUCUAGAACCGCUCAAGAGUAUGACGAUCCGCCAGGGCGAGACGGUGAUUCUGUCCACGCAGAUCGUCGGCAAUCCGGCACCGGAGGUGCAGUGGUUCAAGAACGGUGUGGCUUUGGACGUGCCGACGCAAGCGGAUCGUAACAUGUACACCGUGACGCUGGUGGCUCCGACGCACGACAAUGCGGGCGAGUACACUGUGCGCGCCAAGAACGCUGCGGGAAGCGUUGAAACGAGUGCCUUCCUUACGGUCGAUGAAUCGAACGUUGGUAACCCGCAAGCACCACUCUUCCUGGAGCGCUUCGAAGAGCAGAGUGUGCCACAGGGCGGUACGAUCAAGCUUCCCGCAAGGGUGACCGGUAAUCCAGUGCCCGAGAUUCUCUGGCUGCGCAACAACAACACGCUGCUGCCGUCCAAGCGCGUCAAGCAGGCGUACGAUGGUGAAAACAUUGAGCUGUUGAUCAACAACGCCGACUCGGAGCAGGACUCGGGCAACUACAAGUGCAUUGCGUCGAACACGAUCGGCAAGGCAUCGCACGGUGCGCGCGUUACGGUCGAGGUGGACAAGGUAACGUUCACCAAGAAGCUGAAGAAGACGAUCACGGUGGAGGAAAGCCGUUCGGUGACGCUGGAGUGCGAAACGUCGCACACGGUGUCCACCAAGUGGUUCCACAACGGCAAGGAGCUGAGCGGCAUGGACCAUCGCAUGAUCGUGCAGGAGGGCAAGGUGCACAAGCUGAACAUCAAGAACCCGACCAUCAACGAUACGGGCGUGUACCGGUGCACGGUCAAGGAUCAGCAGACCGAGUGCAGCCUGACGGUCAUCGAGGCGAAGCCCGAGUUCCUGCGCAAGCUCGAGGACGUCGAGACGAAGGAGAAGGAGCACGCCGUGCUGGAGGUGGAGAUCACGUCCGAGACGGCCGACGUUACCUGGUACAAGGAGGGCCGCAAGCUGGUCGAUACUACCGGCAAGUACGAGUUCGCCAAGAAGGGCAAAUCGCGCGUACUGUUUGUGCGCAACACGUCCGUGCACGAUGAGGGCGAGUACACGUGCGCCCUGGCCGAUCAGGAGUGUUCGGCCGAGGUGUCCGUAAUUGAGCUGCCGCCGGAGAUUAUCAGUGCACCGCGAGACGUAACGGUUGCCCGCGGGGAGGACGCCAUCUUUGAGCUGGAGCUCACCAAGGGCGAUGCGCUGGUGCGCUGGUACCGCAACGAGGAGGAGCUGUCGUUCAACGGGCACGUGCAGCUGACGAUCGAUGGCAAGCGGCAGACGCUCAAGAUCAACAAGACGGUCGAUGCGGACGGUGGAGAGUACACGUGCGUGGUCGGUGAGCAGCGUGCCAAGGCUCGGCUGACGGUGGAGAAACCGGUCGUCGACUUUGUUCGUCGUCUGCCCGAGGUUACGCUGACGACGCGCGAUAACGAUGCCGUGUUUGCGGUGGAGUUGUCCGAGUCGGCAGAUGUGGUGUGGUACCGCAACAGCAAGGCUAUUACCGCCUCCAGCAAGUAUGAGCUGGUUGUGGAGAAGUGCAUUCGCAAGCUGAUCGUGAAGAACAGCGUCGAGGACGAUGAGGACGAGUACACGUGUACGGUGUCGAACGCGAAAACGUCCUCGAAGCUGAAGGUGGAGAUUAUCAAGGUUGCGCCAACUAUCUUCGAGGACGGUGCGCGUACGUUCACGAUCCGCAAGGACGAGGACGUUACGUUCAGCGUGAAGUUUAACGCGACGCCCAAGCCGGAGGCUGAGUGGCGUGUGAACAAGCGCGUCAUCAUCCCGUCGGCGAAGUUUGUCUCGACUGUUACAGAGGAGACGGCCAGUCUGACGAUCAAGCGUGCGGCGGAAGUCGAUGCUGGAGAGUUUACGCUCAAGCUGACGAACGAAUGUGGCGAUGCUAGCGCUUCCUUCACGCUCAUUAUCAAGAAACAACCCGGUGCUCCAGAAGCACCAGAGGCAACGCUCAUCACCGAUGACUCGAUCACGUUGUUCUGGAAGGCACCAAGCGACGAUGGCAACAGCAAGAUCACCGAGUACUUGUUGGAAUAUCAAGAGAAGAAUCAAAAGAAAUGGACCGAGGUUACGAGCAUCACUGAAACGACCACCACCGUCACGAAGUUGACGAAGAAUGCUGAGUACACAUUCCGUGCCACCGCCAUCAACGAGGUGGGCAAGGGUCCAGCGUCACCCAACUCGCCGUACUACAAGAUCGUGGCACCGAUCCAGAAGGAAGCCCCGACGGUAAGCGAGCACCUGAAGGAUGUGCACGUCGGACUCGGCCAAACGGUAACGCUGAGCUGCAUUGUGACGGGCGUGCCCGUCCCAGACGUGGCCUGGUUCCGCAACGGACAGCCGCUCAAGCAGGACGUCGUGUCGUACGAGAACGGUUCCGCCAAGUACCAGAUCAAGUCGACCACGGUGGAAAGCGGGGCCAAGUACACGUGCCGCGCCACCAACGAGGUGGGCAGCGUAGAGAGCAGUUGUCAGGUGGUGAUCGAGGAGAAACCGACGCUGACGGUCGAGAAGAAGCAGAUCGUGCAGAAGCUGCGCGUUGGCGACGAGUGGAAGGUUGUGGCCGAAUUCACCGGCUUCCCGGCACCGGAGCUGAUCUGGUACCGCGAGGAGGAGAAGCUCACUUCCACCGCCGAGCAUACGAUCGUUACCGUGGGUCAAUCGUCCACUAUCGUCAUCUCGUCGCUGGACCGUGCCCACACGGGCAAGUACACGGUGGAGGCACGCAAUGCGGCCGGUUCGGCAACGGUCGAGCUGACGCUGAAGGUAAUCGACAAGCCGAGCAAACCGGAGGGACCGAUUGUGGUGCGCGAGCUCAGCCCCGAGGCGGUGGUGAUCGAAUGGAAGCCACCGUCCGACGACGGUGGGCUGGAGAUUUCCCAGUUCACCAUCGAGAAGUGUGACGAUGCGAACAAGAACGCCUGGAUCAAGGUGGCGGACGUGCAGCGCAACAUCAAGUCGUACUGCAUCCAGAAGCUGAUCGACAGCACGCAGUAUCACUUCCGCGUGAUUGCGCAGAACCCGGUCGGUUGUUCCGAGCCGCUGGAGAGUGCGACGGUGAAGAUUCAGCAGACGGUGGAGCCACCGUCGCCACCGCGUGGCCCCAUUGAAACGUCCGGCAUGACGAGCAGCUCAUUCACGCUCAUGUGGCAGCCGUCCGAGUCGAACGGUGGCAGCAAGAUCACGGAGUAUGUUGUGGAGGUGAAGGAAGCGAAGAAGAAGGUCUGGAAGGUGGCUGGUACGACCAGUGCGUCCGAAACGUCGCUGCUGAUCGAGAACCUGGCAAUGAACAAGGCGUACGACUUCAAGAUCACCGCCAAGAACAAGGUCGGCUCGAGUGAACCACUCCAGACGGUGGAGUCGAUUGUGGCCGGAAAGGAAAUCACUCCACCAUCAGCACCGCGCAACCUGCGCAUCACGAACGUUACCAGCAAGAGCGUCAAGCUCGAGUGGCAGCAGCCCGAAACGAACGGUGGCUCCGACGUGACCGGUUACAUCAUCGAGAAGCGGCUCACUACGGCGCAACAGUGGACCAAGAUCAAGACGCUCGAGUCCAACUGUCUGUCGUACUGUGUGGACAACAUGAAGGAAAAGACCGAGCUGCUGUUCAGGAUAUUCGCCGAGAAUGCGGUCGGGCUUAGCUCGCCCACCGUCUCGGAGAGUGUGGUGCUCAAAUCACAUGCCACGGUUCCGUCUCCACCAACUGGUCCGCUAGAGGUACGCUACCUGGGACCGAACAUUAACAUCGUCGAGUGGGGCAUUCCAGAGUCGGACGGUGGCGCCCCGAUCGAGGGCUACACCAUUGCCAUCCGCAACGCGAAGAAAACGAUGUGGAUGGAGGUGGGCCGCGUCGCGGCCGACUGCCAGUCGUUCAACAUCAAGGAUCUGCAGGAAAGCGAAGACUACCUCAUCCGCAUCAUGGCCCGCAACGAGGUCGGCCUGAGCGAUCCGCUCGAGUCGGACGAACCGUACACGGUGCAGCUCGGUGCCGCUCCGGACGAUGUGCACGACGAAACGACGAGAGACUUCUCCGAGCCGACGGGCACGAACACGUCGUCCUGGCUGCGGGAACACAACAUGACCGCCGACAUCAACAGCUACGCCCGCCAUAAGCUGCUGAGGAGAAGCGAGUACUUCUUCAAGCUGUGGGUAAACGCCAAGAGCCUGUUCAAGUAAACAGAACGAGAGAGAUGGAAAGAGAGAGAGAGAAAGUGGGAGAGGCAGAGAGAUGAAGAGUUCCAGCUUAUAGUCCAACCCCGUUAUUAACCGUUAUCAAACUGUUCAUUUGAAUUGUGGAUACACAAGGUUCCAUGCUCCAUCAAAACUGGUGGCUUACCGGAGUUCGAGUAAUAUGCUAGAUGUUGUAUGUAAAUGUUGCUGUAAAACCGAAGAUAUCUAUAUGCGAACGUCCCAUUCUACCAAUAGAUCCUCCCCUAGCAAAGCCAAAGGGAGCAAAUUGUAAGAAUCUUCAUGGAACUGUGAUAAAAAGAGCAACAGCAGUUGAACCUCCUGCCCUUCGGUGCAGAGAGAAGGCGAGCAAAGUAGAAGAAGGAGAAAAAAAGGCAAUACACACCCCUCCCCCCUCACAGCCCCAGUGGCCACUGUCCACUAUCCCCGCGGCUGGGUGGCCACUGGUGUGUGUGCGUUUCGGCGGGUGUGGGUGUUGCGCCGCAAAAUGUAAUCAUGUAUGAAUGUAUAAAUUGUAAUUGAAGAGAGAGCAGAAAAGAAACAACACAAACACACGACUAACAAUACGGCCGGCAACAUCCCGGCAACGACGACGCAGCACCUCGACAGGGCAAUCCGCAGGACCUAUCCUGGGUUGGCCCUUGGCUGCGUUGGAACAAUUUUGGUACUGCUUCUUGUAGCUACUCCUGGGAAGAGGAAUCAUCAUCAUGACCUUACGGCGGUCGCCGCCCCAUCGUAUUCAGCAUCCACAGGUCUGAAGGGGGACAACAUUGGUGCGAAUGUUGUCCUUCAUCGGGCAAACGGUUGAGAAUUUGGGUAGGGCCCGUAGUGAGACACCGAUCAUGUAUAGAGAAAUGCGAAACAAAAUGCUCAGGAGUAGCGAACACAUACAAAAGAAAGAAUGAAAAAAACGAGCUAAAUACUUUCUUUGCCAAUUUUAUCUAUGAUCUUUGUUGAAUUCUAUGUUACGAUCUGUCGAGAGGAGAGAGGAAAUUUGAUAAAAGAAGAAAGAUAGGGAGAAAGAGAUAGUUUAUUUAAAUGAAUGUUUUGCUAUACUUUCUUGUUUAUAUUUUCCUUUGAAGAAAAAAAAAAGAAUGCCACCAACAUGAAGAAGGGGCAUUAGCAUGUUGAAACGAUGUUUUACACUGUGUGUUGAAUAAAGUGAAUCUUUUUGAAACUAUUUAAACAAA